GAGGGACUGGCGGGCAGCGCGAGGAGAGGAGGCCGGAGCCUGCGCGGACAGCUGUACCGGGACUCGCGGGCUAUUUACCGCAGACUCGCCACCCCGAGCCGCCAUUUACAGAAGUGACAAUCUCCCCGGCCGCCGGCAGGACACGGUCCGUGAGUGAGUGAGUGAGUGAGUGAGUGGAGACCCGGCCGGGGUACCGGACUGUAACACUGCCCCAGGCGGCCUCGGGCCGGGAGUGACCCGAGGAGGAGCCAGGAGGAUGUCGGCCACGGGAGGAGGGGCAGGAGGCGGCCGAGGAGCCGGCACUGGGGGCAAGAUCCGGAGCCGCAGAUACCACCUGAGCGCGGUGCGGGCUCCAUACAGCAGGAGCCGCCAACAAGGCCAGCAGCAGGUCGGUCAUCACACGGCAAGCAUGGAGCGGGGCCCGGGGGGGGGACAGCGGGGAGGGAGUGCGCCCCGCCAGGCGCUUCAAACAGUCAGCGAUUGGUGAAGGUUUGGGCACAUGCUGGUGGUUCACAUGUUUCCCAUAAUGCUCAGCCAGCUUUAGUGUCUGUGAGUCUUGGGAAACCUGGUCCAUAACAUCAGGAGAGCAAACACACACACACACACACAAUCAGGGGAGCACACACACACACACACACAAUCAGGGGAACUCACACACACACACACAAUCAGGGGAGCUCACACACACACACACAAUCAGGAGGCACCACACACACACACACAAUCAGGAGCUCACACACACACACACACACACACACAUCGGGGCUGCACACACACACACAUCAGGGAACUCACACACACACACAUCAGAGACUCCCACACACACCACAUCAGGGAGACUCACACACACACACAUCAGGGAGCUCACACACACACACAUCAGGGGAGCUCACACACACACAUCAGGGGAGCUCACACACACACAUCAGGGGAGCUCACACACACACAUCAGGGGAGCUCACACACACACAUCAGGAGAGCUCACACACACACAUCAGGAGAGCUCACACACACACAUCAGGAGAGCUCACACACACACAUCAGGAGAGCUCACACACACACAUCAGGGGAGCUCACACACACACAUCAGGAGAGAACACAGCAUUACUGCCGGGACCUGCAUGUGUUACAGGGAUUUAAAAGUUUGGUCCACAUGCUUUCCGCUUCACUGCACUCUGUUACUGCUGAGUAGGGGGGUAGUCUUCAGGGGGUGUGUGUAGUGCACUCAUAGACAAAGUUUUAGUUCUGUGUGUAGUGCACCCAUAGACCAUAUUUUAGCAAGGUACAAUACACACUAUUUUUAAAAUCUAACAAGUUUCACCCAGUCUUUAACUUUCUUACUACAAAUUGUGAUAUGGUCUUUGUAGAUUUUAUAUUUAUAUGCAUAUGUAAUUCGGAUUCUUAAAUAUAUUAUGUGAAUCAAAUUAUAUAUUGAACUGUACUCCCAGCUUGUGGGCAACUUCACUGUUCCAUGUGGUCUCAGGCAUGGGAGCCCAGACAUCUACAUAACACACAAGAGCAUGCAGUAGUUAUGGUUCCAAUACUGCUUUUUGGGGAACUAUCACUUUUUUUCCUUCCCCCAUUGUUUCUCAAUAAAGAUGAGCAAUAAAAACAAUAGUCAAAAUUAUCAGUUUUCCUAAAUUGAUUUUUAUUUUUGGUAUAUAAUCUUUCUAUUUGUUAAAAUAGUUGAAAAUGUUUAAUUUUUUAAUUUUUUUUUAUCUGCCCAAGUUCCUCCAAUUUUGCAGAAAUAUCAAUUUCAGAAAAGACCACUUGUUUCUUUGGGGGGAAAAUGGCAUACACUUUAAUGUUAAUGGUGCCAAAAAAUCUACUGAUGAGAAUACCUGAUAAAUUUGUGACAAUGAUUACAUUUCUCCCCAUUUUCUUUCUAUUCUUCUUCUUGGUAUGCUAAGAUAGAAGUGUCCAUAUGCAGGAUAAAGAGAUGUGAAUUCACAAAUGUAUUUAUUUUUACCACACCUGCCAAAUAUAUUUGUAAGGGAUGAGUAAAUAGAACAGGUAAAUCCUGGGAAGUGACAGUUCCACAUUAAAAGGACACUAUAGUCCCCAACACAACUUUAGGUUAAUAGAGCAGUUUGGGUGUAUAGAUCAUGCCUCUGAAGUCUCACUGCUCAAUUCUCUGCCAUUUAGGAGUCAAAUCACCUUUGUUUCUGUUUAUGCAUGAAAACAAAAUGUUUUCAUAUUCAAUCAGACGUAACUAACAUAAAAGGACCACUAAAGGCACCCAGACCACCUCAGCUCAAUGAAGUGGUCUGAGUGCCAGGUCACUCUAGUUUUAACUCUGCAGCUGAAAACAUAGCAGUUUCAAGAGAGAGUUUACACUGAGGGUUAAUCCAGCCUCUAGUCACAGUGGCUGUCACUGAAAAUCAGUGAGAAGACGCUGAGGUCCAUAGGAAAGCAUUGAGUAAUGCUUUCCUAUGGGCAGGUUGUAUGCUCGUGUGGCUCUUGCCGCGUAUGUGCAUUUCAGCGCUGACAUCAGGAGGAGAAGAGGUCACCGGCGCUGAAGGGGUUUUAACACCUUCAGCCCAGCGGGAGGGGGGCCACGAGGGUGGGGGGCCCUAAGGACUACUUUUUGUUUUCCUCGCGUUAUAGUGGUCCUUUAAGUUUUUAUCUCCUCUGUAAAUUGAACUUUAAUUACACACAGUAGGCCCCUGUCGUGUCUAGCAAGCUGUUAACAGAGCAGAAUAUUUGAAAUUAUAAGUUAAACAGAAUUUACAAUAAAGGUAUUUAAUUCCUACAUUAUUAUUGGUAUUUAUGUAGCGCCAACUUAUUCUGUAGCACUUUACAAUAUUAUGGAGGGGGGAAUUUAAUAAAUGCAACAAUUACAAAGACAGGAACAAUAGGUAGAUGAGGACCCUGCUUAGAUGUGCUUACAGUGUAUAGCAGAGAAUUUAACAGUAAGACUGCAGGAACAUGAUCUAUAUACACAUGCUGCUGAAGCAAAUAUUGCUUUGGUGACUAUUGUAGGGAUCGCGAUUAUUGAUAUUUAUUUAUAUAUUUUUUUUAGAGCCGAUACCGCCAAUCUGUUAACUUUCAGGCCGAUAAUUUACCGAUAUUCUGUACAUUUACCAUUUAAAAAAAAAAAAAAUCUUACUGUAUUCAAGCAUGAAGUUGUAACAACUGACAUCAGAAGUGGUAGCCAGAUCCAAUCACAGUGCUUCCCCAUAGGAUUGGCUGAGACUAACAGAGGCAGAUCAGGGGCAGAGCCAGCAUGAUUCAAACACAGCCCUUGCCAAUCAGCAUCUCCUCAGAUAUGAAUUGAAUCAAUGAAUCUCUAUGAAGCAAGUUCAGUGUCUACAUGCAGAGGGAGGAGAUACUGAAUGUUUGGAUGCAUUUUAGGCAGCCAUGACCCAGGAAGGAUCUCUAACAGCCAUCUGAGGAGUGGCCAGUGAAGUUAUCACUAGGCUGUAAUGUAAACACUGCAUUUUCUAUGAAAAAGAGUGUUUACAGGAAAAAGCCUGAAGGUAAUGAUUCUACUCACCAGAACAAAUUCAAUAAGCUGUACUUGUUCUGGUGACUAUAGUGUCCCUUUAAUAUUGCAGCUGAUCAUUGUAGGAAUGGGUGGGGGGGGCGAAAGGAGCGAGAUCUGGAAAAGCACUCCAAAGGUCAGCUAGUUGGGUCCUCUGAGGAGCCAGUGACUGUUAUUGGAACCAACUGAAUUAAGGUAUAGUUCCUGUUCAGAAUAGUUCACAAAACACUUCCUAUAGGUGAUUCUAGUGGACAUAGAAUGCAGCCCACAUGCAUAAGAGGGCUGAAACAUCUUUAAGGAGAUCUUUUCCAGCCCUCUAGACUCUCUGCUAAAAUAGAUGGCUGUAGUAUAGUCAUGUCUAUGUAACAAACCUUUCUUUUUAGAAUGUUCCAUAUACAGAGAUUUCGUUCAAAGGUUUUCAGUAUCGCUCCUACGGAAGUAGUAUCACAGACAAAACUAAAUGACACUAGUUUAAAGGUAGGAGACUGGAUGAAAUUUUUUAGAGAUCUGGGAAAGAUCCACAGCAGACCAUUUGGUAUUAGACUUCUACUGUUCUACAUAAUGGUUACAAAACAGUACUCCUAACUUUCAGAACAAAUGUUCCUGUGUUGUCUUCCAAAAAGUUUCAAAUUGUAGAGGAAGUGGUAUUAAUGGUAAAAAUAAAAAUAUGUAUUGGAAGAAGCAGGCACUGGCACUUAUUCAAGAAUACUCUUGGCCAGAUGACUCUUACAGACCCAUCCUGGAUUUAAAAGCAGUCAGCUGAUUUAUUCUAAGAAAAACCUUUUUAAUCCAUACUUUCUACAGUUAAGAUUUUGGUGGAAAAUGACAAUAUGGCUUUAAUAUUCCCAAUGCCUAACCAGGAGCUGCACCCAUAUAGAGAAACUUGGGUGCAACCGAACCAGAAACUAGCACAAAGUCCCUAGAUAAAGGUUGCAAGAGAGAGGUGGUUCAGGACCUUUUGAUCAAAAUUGUAUUUUUAAAGCUAACACACACAUGAACAAGUGUACAAUAUAUAGGCAAAUAGUGCCAACAAAAUCAUGUGACUAUAAACAGGAUCACUACUCACUUAGUGAAGAUGUUUGAUUGGAUACGGAGUCUUCUACACAGAUGCCACACAAGAAACGAUAUCUAUUUUUUAUUAUUUAUACAGGUGAUACUCGAAAAAUUAGAACAUCGUGCAAAAGUUCAUUUAUUUUAGUAAUGCAACGUAAAAGGGGAAAAUAAUGAGAUAGACUCAUUACAUGCAAAGCAAGAUAGUUCAAGCCGUCGUUUGUCAUAAGUGCGAUGAUUAUGGUUUACAGCUCAUGAAAACCCCCAAAUCCACAAUCUCAGUAAAUUAGAAUAUUGUGAAAAGGUUCAAUAUUCUAGGCUUACAGUGUCCCACUCUAAUCAGCCAAGUAAGCCAUAACAACUGCAAAGGGUUUCUGAGCCUUUAAAUGGUCUCGGUCUGGUUCAGUAGGAAUCACAAUCAUGGGGAAGACUGCUGACCUGACAGUUGUGCAGAAAACCAUCAUUGAAAGCCUCAACAGGUAAUUGUGAAGGAAGUUGGAUGUUCCCAAAGUGCUGUAUCAAUGCACAUUAAUAGAAAGUUAUGUGGCAUGGAAAAGUGUGGAAGAAAAAGGUGAACAAGCAGCAGGGAUGACCGCAGCCUAAAGAGGAUUGUCAGGAAAAGGCCAUUCAAAAGUGUUGGACUUUCACAAGGAGUGGACUGAGGCUGGAGUCAGUGCAUCAAGAGCCACCACACACAGACGGAUCCUGGACAUGGGCUUCAGAUGUCGUAUUCCUCUUGUCAAGCCGCUCCUGAACAACAAACAACGUCAGAAGCGUCUUACCUGGGCUAAAGAAAAGCAGACCUUGUCUGUUGCUCAGUGGUCCAAAGUCGUCUUUUCUGACGAGCGCAACUUUUGCAUCUCAUUUGGAAACCAAGGACCCGGAGUCUGGAGGAAGAAUGGAGAGGCACACACUGCAAGAUGCUUGAAGUCCAGUGUGAAGUUUCCACAGUCUGUGAUUUGGGGAGCCAUGUCAUCUUCUGGUGUUGGUCCACUGUGCUUAAUUAAGUCUAGGGUUAACGCAGCAGUCUACCAGGAGAAUUUGGAGCACUUCAUGCUUCCUUCUGCAGACGAGCUUUAUGGGGAUGCUGACUUCAUUUUCCAGCAGGACUUGGCACCUGCCCACACUGCCAAAAUCACCAAAGCCUGGUUCAAUGACCGUGGGAUUACUGUGCUUGAUUGGCCAGCAAACUCGCCUGACCUGAAUCCCAUAGAGAAUCUAUGGGGCAUUGCCAAGAGAAAGAUGAGACAUGAGACCGAACAGUGCAGAAGAGCUGAAGGCCGCUAUUGAAGUAUCCUGGUCUUCCAUAACACCUCAGCAGUGCCACAGGCGGAUAGCUUCCAUGCCACACCUCAGUAAUUGCUGCAAAAGGGGCCCAAACCAAGUACUCUGUCCAUAUGCAUGCUUAUACUUUUCAGAAGUCCGAUAUUGUUCUAUGUACACUCCUUGUUUUAUUGAUUGCAUGUAAUAUUCUAAUUUACUGAGAUUGUGGAUUUGGGGUUUUCAUGAGCUGUAAGCCAUAAUCAUCGCACUUAUGACAAAUCAUGGCUUGAGCUAUCUUGCUUUGCAUGUAAUGCGUCUCAUAUAUUUUCCCCUUUUACAUUGCAUUACUGAAAUAAAUGAACUUUUGCACGAUAUUCUCAUUUGUCGCGUAUCACGUGUAGCUUGGUUGCUUCAUCUAAGUGUUGCUUCUAAGUGUGUAGUUGGAGGUAUUCUGGAGAGUUUUACAUAAGCUUCAACUGUCUAAGAGUUGUGCUAAGAGCUUUCUUUUCUACUGUUACAGGUAAGAUUCAUCUGUAGGAAAAGGUUACUGAUUGCACAAGGUUUGAAUUCCUGUUGAUAAUUAUAAGGCAUUUGAUUAGUUAGUGACUUGCUAUUGAUUGCUGUUUUAAAUUAGCUAUUGUUUGCAAAUAAGCAGAGGCCUACCCAGGUGUUAAACAUUCCUAGUGGGUGGUGAUACUGGUUCUAUUUGUGUCUUUGAAAUGGGGUGUGUGUGUGUGUGUGUGUGUGUGUGUGUGUAAAAAUAUAUAAAGGAACGAUCCAAAAAAUAUUAAAAUGGUAACACAAGGAAAACAUAGCAAGUCUUGAAUGCCUGAAAAUCUCCAGAACAUAAUCAGAAUUAUAUAAACUGAUCGACAAUGGAUAUUUUUAAAACUGUUACAUACCUAUAGCCACAAUAUGAAUAGACACUUGCCCUGCUACCCCAAAUAUAAAAAGAAAUCAGAAAUUGGAUCAUUUUUCACAAUCGCUGAUAUACUUUGUUUUUCUCAUGUUUGUAUUGCAAGAGCACACACCUUGUAUGGAAGUCUUAUGCAUGUUGUGUGCACAUGCUAAGCAUAUAUGUUCCCUCUUCUUUACUGCUCUAGAGUCUGUGCCAUGGAUACUCGGAAGUGGCUCAGGAGAUCUCUGCAUACUGCCUGUUAAACUAAACUGUAUGUUGAGUAGUUAAACUCAUCUUGUUUUGAGGAGUGGAACUGCAGCUGUUGGAUAAACACAUCCUGUAAAUGUCUGCUGAACAGGAGUUUGUGAGAUAAUGAAAACUCUUAAGCGAAGAAUGAGAAACACUGAAUUGGUGAAAACCUUUCCUAACUACACUUCUAUUGGCUGUCUACCAGUCACUAGAGGCUUUCCUGGUCGCACGAGGACAUCCAUCGUUGGUUAAAACCCAAUAUGAAAGCAUUGAUUCUAUGGGGUUGUCAUAAUGCGAUCGCAGCACUUGUAACACAUGCACAUUAGGUCUCUGAUGUCGGGGGAGGAGAAAAGGCAUAGCCUAACAUCGGCGCUGGAUUCAGGUAAGUGGGAAAAGUUUUUAACCCUUUCUGCGCGUAUGAGGGGGGCACUAUAAGCUAAGAACACAAUUUUGUAGUUUCUCUUUAAUAUAAACUCACCAGCAUUGCAUAUCGGGUCGGUCCUCCCCACCUUUCUUUCUUGGAGAAAUAUUGCAGAAGUGUUUUCGGGCACUCAUAUUUUCCCCUUUAGACAAAUACUAGGGAUCAUACUAUACUCAUUUGAGCAUUGCCCUCACCAUAUCUUGUUGUUUGGGUAACUUUUGCAAUUACUUGUAGGUUUGCCACCCAUUGUAUAGAGCUGUUGAAUAUUUUGGUGCAACAUAAGCAAGACAAAUAUACAUAACUUCAUUGAUAUGAGUGCACAUAUUGUAAGUGAAGAUUCUAAUUAAUCAAGGUAUGUUGUCAAUGGCUUGUUAUAACUAUUUUGAGAAUUUUUUUUUUUUUGCCAAUUGUACCAUUUUUGUGGAUUUUGCAGGGUAUCAUCAGUCGUGUGACUGAUACUGUGAAGAGCAUUGUCCCUGGAUGGCUGCAGAAAUAUUUCAACAAGGAAACGGCAGAACCAGAUGGAGCUAGAGACUCAAGUGAAAUUGCUGUGGAACGUACUGAAGUUAGAGAAAAUGAUGAAGAAGCAGACCAUCACAUAUAUAUUGAUGAUGACCCUCCACCCAUUGAUGGCAGAAUCACUCCUGAUCCAGUCAGGCUGGCGGAAGGUAAGUUAAAAAAAAAUUAUAGGUUAUGCCAAUAUUUAAAACAAUAUAAUUACUCAAUGUAUUGGAGGGAUUGCAUGUGUACCGUAACAGUCUCACUUAAAGGACUACUGUCGCCCAAAAUUAAGUUUUGCUCACUGCAGAGCUGUCCAUAACUAUCAACAAAAGUGGUGUUGUUUUUCAUCCAUAUGUAUGUAAAAUAUUAUGAAAAAAUACUCAACGUACUUAAUGUUUUUCUAUUUUUCUUCUGCCAUGUCGGUCCUCAAUUAGUCAGUUUUUCAGUUUUCCAUGACCAUUCUCUCUGUGGUAUUUUUUUUUCCCUUGCACUGAAAACCAUACUCUGCUUGAGGAAGAAAAUACCAUAUGAUGCAAUGCUCAUGCAUGGGACUUUGUAUGGUGGCAGAAAAAAUAGAUGGACGCUGAAAAUAUUUUUAAUAUUUUUCAUACUUUACCUAGUUAGGGAAAGAUUUCUAAUGUGCUAAACUUAUUUUUUUGGUGACAGUUGGCCUUUUAAUGAUGGGAAUGUAUUUAUAAUGGUUCAUAGUUGUGUAGACUUGAUUUAGUGGUUCCCCAACCCUUGUCUCUGUGCUGUAAUAGGUAUCCUUUUGUUCUCCCAUUCGCAUCAUGACCCACAGCACUGCUGGAAAUGAAAUGCUGUCCUUUUUUCAACUGUGAGUCACAAUACUGCGCUAGAGAGAUCAAGGAAUCACAGAAAUGUUCUCUGCUGGAAUGGUUCACAUACAACCUGCUUUAUCACAAUCCUUGCAGCCUUUCAAUCUUUCCUGACCUGCAGGGAGAGAAUUCACGUUAGGUCACAUUUCAGUUGCCUUGAGCCAGCAAUCUGUAUUGUCACACAGAGAAUUGUAUAUGCUACUAAACAUUGGUAUCAUAAAUGUUACAUCAUGUAUGCCAGCAGCUUCCUAUUUAGUCUAAUUGUCUUAUUCUUAAAGUCCCUGAUCACUCCUGUAGGCAUCAUCAUCUGCUUUCCAAGUCAGUAUCUCCUUUCAAACUUUUUUUGUGGAUGACGCCUUUUUUUUUGUUUUUUUUGUUUAUGAACAGGGCAUUAAAGAGCCAUUUUAUUUUGCUUGAUGGUGUGUGCUUUUUAAAAAUUAUCUCCUAGUGAAAAGACACUUUAUAGAUUUUCAUAACUAUAUUGUAUUCCAGUUUUCUAGCCCACAUCUGUGCUUUUCUUGUUCUGUGUCAAUGGGCAAAGUUAAUGCCUCAUUAUCAAGGUUGACAGGUGAAGUGAAGAACAUUGAUUAUAUCAUUACGAUCGCACCUGUUAACCCCUUAAGACCGGAGGGCGUACUAUUACGUCCUCUAAUAGGCGGCUCUAAACGCCGCCGGGCGUAAUAGUACGCCCUCCGGUCUUUCUGUACUUACCCGGUCGCCGGCGGUCCCACGCCGGCGAUCGCGGUGGGGGGGACUCCCAGGGAGCCCCCCGCGGCACGACCGUCCUCCAGGAAGCGCCCCGGCCGUGUGAGAGUGGGGUCCUAGCGAGGACCCCACAAUCACAUGGCCGGGGAUAGCUGGCUUCUGUAUUGCCAGCAGGGGGGCUGCCUGUAAUGACAGGUGGUCCCCCUGCUGGCUGAAAAUAAAAAUGAAAUAAAUAAAUAGUGUAAAAAAAUAAAUAUUAUAUACUUAGAUCAUAUAUAUAUAUUAUAUAUAUAUGAUCAAAGUAUAUAUAUACACAUAUACAUACACACAUGUACACCGUCUAGGUGUAUUUUACUAUUAAUAUAUAUAUAAUUAUAUAUAUAUAUAUAAUAUCAAAUUACACGUACACUGAUACUGAUUAAAUAUAUAUAUAAUUAUUGUUAUAUAUAUAUUUAUAUAUAUAUAUAUUAUAAAAAAAAUUAAAAUGUAAAUACGUUAAAAAAUAAAAUUACAAAAAUAAUUAAAAAUAAAUAAUUAAAAAAUAUAUAGAUGUGUGUUAUUUCGUUCUAACUGUAUUGUGAAAUUAAUAUAUAUAUAUAUAUAUCAAAAUACACAUAGAACGAAAUAAUAUAUAUAUUUAUACACAUAAAUAUAUACGUAUAUAUCACUAUAUAUAUACCUAUAUAUAAAUAAAAAUAUUUUAAAAAAAUUAUAUAGAUAUAUAUAUAUAUACACAUACGUAUAUAUAUACAUAUAUUGAUUCUACAUAUAUAUUUAUGUAAUAUUUUUACAUAAUUAGGUAUCUUAAUUAAUUACAAUUAGCAGGACCUGCAUGACAACCCAUGCCGAAAGUAAAGGGAAUUUAAUUUGCUAGCACUAUAUUUAACCCUAUAACUUUCCGAGACACCAUAAAACCUGUACAUGGGGGGUACUGUUCUACUCGGGAGACUUCGCUGAACACAAAUAUUAGUGUUUCAAAACAGUAAAAUGUAUUACAACGAUGAUAUCGCCAGUAAAAGUGACGUUUUUUGCAUUUUUCACGCACAAACAGCAUUAAACGGACAAUAUUAUUGCUAUGAUACUUUUUACUGUUUUGAAACACAAAUAUUUGUGUUCAGUGAAGUCUCCCGAGUACAACAGUACCCCUCAUGUACAGGUUUUAUGGUGUUUUCAAAAGUUACAGCGUCAAAUAUAAGGCUUGCGUUAUUUUCACAUUAAAAUUCCAGAUUGGUUACGUUGCCUUUGAGACCCUAUGGUAGCCCAAGAAUGAAAAUUACCCCUAUGAUGGCAUACCAUUUGCAAUAGUAGACAACCCAAGGUAUUGCAAACGGGGUAUGUCCAGUCUUUUUUAGUAGCCACUUAGUCACAAACACUGGCCAAAAUUGGCGUUUUUUUGCAUUUUUCACACAAACAAAUACUAACGCUAACUUUGGCCAGUGUUUGUGACCAAAUGGCUACUAAAAAAGACUGGACAUACCCCAUUUGCAAUACCUUGGGUUGUCUACUAUUGCAAAUGGUAUGCCAUUAUGGGUGUAAAUUUCAUUCCUGGCUACUAUAAAGUCCCAAAGGCAACGUAACCAAUCUGGCGAAUUUCAAUUUCAAAUGUAACGUGCUAUAUUUGACCCUGUAACUUCCCAAAACGCCAUAAAACCUGUACAUAGGGGGUACUGUUUUACACGUGAGACUUUGCUGAAUACAAAUAUGUGUAUUUUAUUGCAGUAAAAGCAAACAGUAUUAUGACACUGACCGUUUAAUUGUCAUGUAGAACUAAAAAAAUCCAAUAAAAUCGUAUUUUCUCCCAUUUUUUUCAUAUUAAAUUAUGUUUCAUAGCUAAAUAUUUGAUAUUAAAUGAAAGCCCUGUUUCCCCUGAAUAAAAUGAUAUAUAAUAAGGGUGGGUGCAUUUACUAUGAAAGAGGUGAAUUACGGUUGGACAGACAUGUGGCGCAAAUGCCAGGUUUUGUUUACAUUUUGUUUUGUUCACAACGUGUACAUUUGGCUCCGUCCUUAAGGGGUUAAAGGACCACUAUAGUGCCAGGAAAACAUACUUUUUCCUGGCACUAUAGUGCCCUGAGGGUGCCACCACCUUCAGGGUCCCCCUCCCACCAAGCUCUAGGGGUGGAAGGGGUUAAACUUACCUCUUUCUCCAGCGCCGGGCGGGGAGCUCUCCGCCUCCUCUCCCCCUCUUCGGCUGAAUGCGUGGCAGGAGCUGCGCGCGCUUUCAGCCAGUCCAUAGGAAAGCAUUCAAUGCUUUCCUAUGGACGCUGGCAUCUUCUCACUGUGAGGAUGGCAGUGAAGCGCAGGAGAACAUUACAAACCGUUAAGUGUUGCCCUAGCCCCCCAAAUUCUCCAGAUCUCUAUCCGUUUGAGCAUGUGUAGUGUGUGCUGAAACAUGUCUGAUCCAUGGAUACCUCACCUCAUAACUGCUAAUGUAUUGGUGCCAGAUAAACAAAGUGACCAAGACAAUUGUUUUAAAUUUUUUUUUUUAAUUCUUUAUUUUUACUGUGAAAUAUGACAAGAAUUUCAGUAAUGAUUUUGAAACUAGACUGAUUCUUAUAUUCCAAUGUUACAUAGAGAACUACAAACGCAAUGUAUACCCACUAAACAGUCUAAACUCUGUUAUAGAUCUGUUUUGGCACCAACUAUUACCCUUACUGCUGGCUAUUUCCAUCAAACUCCGAGACCGUCACUCACUCAGUGGCUCUAUGUAUCCGCAUCCUUUUCUUCACGCUCACUGGUGACAACCGUGUCAAUUUAUUAGCUAUAGCAGUGUGGUCAGCUGGAGCUCCACAUCUUGCUCUCUGCUCAGCUAACCAUGUCCCCUGUAUGCAAGUUGUUUUAAUGUUACCUUUAAUUUUUCCAGUGUCGAGGCUCCAACAUUAUUGCUUACGUCUCUCCUCACGGAAGCAUGAGCAUGCGUAUGUGUGUAUUACUUUAGCAUUAACAUACCAAAUUUGGACAUAAUUCAUUGGUUGAACAUGUACUCUUACGCCAUAACAUUAUGAACUGGACAUUCAGCUGCUGACUUGCUCUUCAUAUUUUUGCAAAGUUUUAUUCCAGUUCCUUCUGGACUAGAUUUCCCUUUGCCCCAUUAAGAAUAAAAAUUAUCAUAAAUUGCUGUUGUCCGUUACAUCUGUUCCCCCAUUUUGCGAUUUCAGCCAGUCUCAUAGGAAAGCAUUCUCAAUGCUUUCCUAUGGACACUGGCGUCUUCUCACUGAAAAUCACAGUGAGAAGCGUGGCACCCAGACCAUUUCAUUAAGCUAAAGUGGUCUGGGUGCCUAUAGUGGUCCUUUAAUUCUUCAAUGUAACAUUCCAAGGCAAGUAAUCUACAGUUUAACGUUCAUCUUCACUGUAAACUGCCAGCACUUAUUAUUAUUUAUUAUUAUUAUUAUUAUUCCAUCUCAAAUACCUAGAAUGCAUUAAAAAGCCAUACUGUAGCCUUCUAGUCUAAGGAAUUUAACUUGUAUUAGAAUAUGGAUUUCAUGUGCUUUCUGAAUAUUACAGUAGUUUGGUUACAAAAAAACCUACACAAAUCCUACAGAAUAGGAACUGAAGGGGUUAACAUGUAGCAGUCUGUUCAAAGCAUUUGUGAACAUCUUGUCCAGUAACACCAAGCACACUUGCACGUGCUCACAGUACUACUUAGCAUAGAAAAUCAUUGAAAUCCCUGGUGCAGUAGGCAUUGCAAAUUUAUAAAGCUCAACGGUUUGUUCACGCAUGCACACUGUUACUUCCAAAUUGUAUGAGAGGGCACCGACUGUGUGAAAAUUAUUCAGUAACUUAUUAGUUGCUAGUAAAAAUAGCACAAUGUGGUACAGAAUGUUUGAAAAACAGCUCUCUAGCCUGACGUGUUCCUUUAAAUUGUGAUUUGUAAGAUAUGGUGCUUAAGUAACAUUAACAUUGUGCCAUGUGUCAAUCCAAUACAAGGGACCUAUUGUAGAUUGGUCAUGAAACUGAAUUCCGCGCAUAACUGGGAAUAACCCUUAGGUAGAAUCAAAUUAAGGACUGCCCAAUGACAGAGGGGAAGUGGGGGGAGCUUGUUUCAAUUAAUAAAAACCAAACUUUAUUGAAAGGUUAAUCCUUUCAGUAAACUUUCAAAUUUUUUAUUUUUUUUUAAAUUGAAAAACAGCUUGUUUUUUUUAGAACGUUAACAUUUUGUGCAACAUCUCAAUGCUGCCUUCUGUUGUGUAUAAAUAUUUGAAAUGUUCAGUAAGAAAAUACCUAAUGUAUUUGUCAACUUGUGAGUUUAAGGUUAAUAGAGAGCAUAUCUUGGCUUGGCAAGCCUGUCUUUAAUUUGUGCUUCUACAUAUAUGUAAUCUCUAUAUAUUGGAGACAAAUCUGCCUUUUGUUAAACGUGAACAGAGCUCUUGCUGCUUGUUUAGUGAUGGCCCGCAUACUCUGUAUUUCUGGAUGUCAGAGACUGGAAGUCUUAGAUUUAGCCAUUCUGCACUAUACCUGAAUACUUCUCAAAUGUUGCGGUUCAAAAUAGCCCAUUACAUGAUAGGCCUGACUAGUAGCUUGGGACUUGACAUUUUGAGCCCUACCUUAAGUCACAAGUAACUUGUUUAGUAGAUGUAGCCUGAGUGCAUAUUUAGCUGUGCCAAUGAGACGAGUGUGAGCUAUGAAGCUGACUCUUAUUACUCCUAUUUGUUUAGUAUUUAAAAUCUGUGCUAGGGGGAUGGGUACAAAUAACAAGAGUUGAUAAGUAAUUAGCUGAUGGGCAGAGUGAUGUCCGCCGCUCGGCUCACACUGAUCUCUCAUUUACUGGGGUGAGUAUGUUCUAUAGAAUAAUCUAAAAAGGAAGUUGUUUUUGUUACCAGUUACAUUUUGAUAAGGUAAAAAGUAUGUUUUUUAAAUAAAUACACUUGGUGAUUUUAUCCCUAAUGUGAAUUUUAUAGUAUGCAUUGGCAUACUCUGGAUUCGUUGUCAACUAUGUGAUUCUAUUACACUUGCUGUCUGAGCUUCAAAAUAAAGAAUUGGAAAAAAAAUACAAUAAAAAGGAAGUUGCUUUGUGAAAAGAGGGAAUUGGACUAAAUGCAUGGGUUUAUGCUACAGAAAGUUGCAAAACCUGAGAUUUGAAUGUUAAAAAAACCCAUGAAUUUAAGGUCACAAUCUGUCAAAUCUACUUAAUUAUAUUUAACAAUCCGUGUAUGACUGGAGUGUCCUUUUACUCAUGUAUAAUCAUAUACAAAUAUAGAAAACUUUCAGGUUAGAUUUACAAAAAAUCCAUUUGCACUUUUUUCUCAGAACCAUCGACUAGUCGAUUCUCAUUGAGUAUGCCUGAUGUUCUAACAAGGCCUUCACUCCAUCGAGCAAAUCUGAACUUCAAUGUCCUGGAUUCUCCUGCGCUUCACUGCCAGCACUCAACAUCUUCUGCAUUUCCUAUUGGCAGUUCCGGCUAUUCACUUAUAAAGGAAAUCAAAGACUCUACCUCUCAGCACGAUGAUGAUAACAUCUCUACAACAAGUGGUUUUUCCUCUCGAGCAUCUGACAAGGGUAUGAUUUGUUCUACUUUUACACAGUUUUGGGUGUUGUAUUCAUUGAUUUCUAAUUGAUUUUGUUUGUGCUAUAAAAUGUAUUCUUCUCUAGAUGUAGCUGUGUCAAAAAAUUUAAAUGCCCCUCCUCUGUGGUCUCCAGAAGCUGAUCGCUCAAAUCCACUAUCUCAUAAUUCCAGCAUGAGUGCAAAAAAACCAACAUUCAACCUUUCUGCCUUUGGAUCAAUGUCACCGGUAAGUGACAAAUUAGGUCCAUAGGACAGAUAAUGUGCUGUGUUGCUGAACCCUUUCCCCUAAAGGAAGUAACUAUUUGUAAGUUAAUUAUUUUAGUUUUUUAUUUGAGUUUUAACUACUGCAAGGAAACAAUUUUAACCUUAAGCUUUGAGUCCAGCCCCUUUAACCUGCGUUUUCCCAAUGAUCUUAUUUUGUAUUAAUGUAAUAAGAAAUUAUUGGGUAUGUUAGGAUCCCUCAAACUAAUUUGCAUUAUUGGUCAGUUUACAUAAACUAAACUGUUUAAUUCCUCUGUAUAUCUAUUUUCAGUCUCUUGGAAAUGCUUCAGUACUAAAAUCCAGCCAGCUAGGAGAUUCUCCUUUUUACCCAGGAAAAACAACUUAUGGAGGAGCAGCUGCCGCACGGUCCUCAAGAGUCAGAGGGACUCCUUAUCAGGUAACCUUUUACUAUGCCUUAAAUUUGACUGAAAAAAAUGUUGCUGGUUAGUUUGCACCUUGAAUUUUAAAUGUUUACACGUGAGCAUAGUAAAGUGUUCUUAUUACUGAAGUUGAUUGAUGUGAAACUGGCUGACAAUUCUGACUGUCCUGCAGAAGGCAAAGCUGGUUGGACAGCCUUGCAAACCUAAAGGAGCACUAUAGAGUCAGGAACACACACAUAUUUCUGAUCUGGCCCUCUUUUGACACCCUAAAUAUAGUAAAGUCUUACUUGUAUUCAAGUCUGCAGCUGCUACCUCUGCAAAUGUUUGCAUGUGAACUGCCUCUGUCUGCUGACAUCAUCAGAAGUGGUGGUCUGAGCCAAUCACAAUGCUUCCCCAUAGAACUGUCUGAGACUGUCAGAGUCAGAGCCAACACAAGUCGAACACAUCCCUGGUUAAUCGGCAUCAAUGCAUCUCUGAGGAAAGUUCGUAUCUGCAUGCAGAGGGUGGAGACACUGAAUGAUAGGGCUGCACACUAGGCAGGACUGCCCCAAGAAGCAGCUCUAGCAGCCAUGUGAGUGGGCAGUGGAGUUAUCACUAGGCUGUAAUGUAAACACUGCAUUUUCUCUGAAAAGACUGUGCUUACAGCAAAGAGCCUGAAGGGAAUGAUUAUAUUAACCAGAACAAAUGCAAAAAGCUGUAGUUCCGGUGGCUAUAGUGUCCCUUAAGGCUGUUAUAGCACAGUUUGAAAAAGCUAAACCGCCAAAAACAAACACCCUGAACUGAAGUGCUCUUUAAGAGUAUUUAAAACGGCUGUUCUUUUAAUAUGUGUACAAUUGCAUCUGUUCAAUGCAGAUGGACUUUUAUACACUUUAGGAAUUGCUUUACUGUUCACACACCAACCCGAAGUGUUUAUUGUGUCUAAAACAUCUCAUUUUAAUGCAUUAUCUAUAUAAUACUUUUAAUGGGUUCCAAUUCCUGUUUUAUGUCCCUCUAAGAAAAUCAUUACAAUAAUCCGUUUUGACCAUAUUCAUUGAAAGACAUUACAAAUUAAUGUACUUAUUUUUUUUUUUUUUAUUUUUUAAGUAAAACAAAAAUAAAAACAUGAGACUGAAAUAAAACACCAAUUAAAUAUUACCAUUGGAGAGAAAAAAAAACCUUUUAGUUCAGUCAUUCAUAGCUUGGUUACUCUAGUAAAGCCCACAGUUGUCCAUUUGUUAAUCAUGGUGUGAAAGUGGUUAUGUUGGGUCAUGUGGUUUGGCAUGAAGAAGCACCUUCUUUGCAACACCUGUUGUCUGCUUGACUAAACUUAAUGGUUGUAUGCUGUACUGUGCCAGGAGUGCUUUUUAUAGACCACAGUAAUACUGUGACAGCAUAGCAUGCCAUUGGCUUUACUGUGUACUCUGUUUAAAUGGUGUGACUUACUGAAUACAAAUCUGUAAACACAUUGAGUUCUGUAAUGUUUGUGCUAGUUAUGCAUUUUUAUAGUUUCUACCUUGGUAAUUUUUAUUAAACAUUUUGUAACAAAUUGUUUCUUUUAGGCACCUGUGAGAUUGCAAGUUAAAGCAAAGCCAGCAAAUAGUGAAACAUAUGGAGUUACAAGUUACGCUGCUCGGCGUAUCCUGCAAUCAUUGGAGAAGAUGUCCAGUCCUUUAGCGGUAACCAAUUUAUAUUUGACUUAAAGCUUACAUCUGCAUCAUACUUUGAAAUACAUCUGAAAGGUUGUUUAUAAAGCAACACUAAGUUGCGUAGACACUUUAAAUCACUGCAAGCCUUAAGGUGUGUUUUGUAUCUUUUACGGACUCCCUACCAAGAGUGACUUGUAACAACAGCUAAAUGUCAGAUUCUAGCUCUCUGAUGUCAAAGGAGGAAAGUUUCUUCAUUUAACUUACAGCUAGUGCAUGCAUAUUGGUCUCCUCUUAUGGAGCAAUCCUGAGGACUUUGGCCAUCUCAGCGCACAGCCUGGUUUACAAAACAAGUGGUGUAUAAAUGGAUAGUAGCCAUGUUAGUCAUCCCAUGAUAAAAUGUUACAUUUGAAAGUACUUAACAGAUGAGAGAGGUUUGUUAUGCAAUUUAAGUGGUUGUGUAAAGUGCUUUAUAAAACAAUGCAUGUUUGCAUGUAUUAACACCUACACUGCUCAAAAAAAAUAAAGGUAACACUUAAACAACACAAUGUAACUCCAAGUCAAUCACACUUCUGUGAAAUCAAACUGUCUACUUAGGAAGCAACACUGAGUGACAAUCAAUUUCACAUGCUGUUGUGCAAAUGGGAUAGACAACAGGUGGAAAUUAUAGGCAAUUAGCAAGACACCCCCAAUAAAGGAGUGGUUCUGCAGACCACUUCUCAGUUCCUAUGCUUCCUGGCUGAUGUAUUGGUCACUUUUGAAUGCUGGUGGUGCUUUCACUCUAGUGGUAGAGUACAACCCACACAAGCAGCUUAUCCAGGGUGGCACAUCAAUGCGAGCUGUGGCAAGAAGGUUUGCUGUGUCUGUCAGUGUAGUGUCCAGAGCAUGGAGGCGCUACUAGGAGACAGGCCAGUAAAUCAGGAGACAUGGAGGAGGCCGUAGGAGGGCAACAACCCAGCAGCAGGACUGUUACCUCCACUUUUGUGCAAGGAGGAACAGGGGGAGCAAUGCCAGAGCCCUGCAAAAUGACCUCCAGCAGGCCACAAAUGUGCAUGUGUCUGCUCAAACGGUCCGAAACAGACUCCAUGAGGGUGGUAUGAGGGCGCCUGACGUCCACAGGUGGAGGUUGAGCUUACAGCCCAACACCGUGUAGGAUGUUUGGCAUUUGCCAGAGAACACCAAGAUUGGCAAAUUCUCCACUGGCGCCCUGUGCUCUUCACAUGAAAGCAGGUUCACACAGAGUACAUGUGACAGUCUGGAGAUGCCGUGGAGAACGUUCUGCUGCCUGCAACAUCCUCCAUCAUGACCGGUUUGGCAGUAGGUCAGUAAUGGUGUGGGGUGGCAUUUCUUUGGGGGGCCGCACAGCCCUCCAUGUGUUUGCCAGCCAGAGGUAGUCUGACUGCCAUUAGGUACCGAGACAAGAUCCUCAAGUUCCUGCAAGACAAAGGCAUUGAUGCUAUGGACUAGCCCGCCCGUUCCCCAGACAUGAAUCCAAUUGAGCUCAUCUGGGACAUCAUGUCUCGCUCCAUCCACCAACAUCACGUUGCACCACAGACUGUCCAGGAGUUGGCAGAUGCUUUAGUCCAGGUCUGGGAAGAGAUCCCUCAGGAGGCCAUUCGCCACCUCAUCAGGAGCAUUCACAGGCGUUGUAGCGAGAUCAUACAGGCACAUGGAGGCCACACACACUACUGAGCUUCAUUUUGACUUGUUUUAAGGACAUUACAUCAAAGUUGGAUCAGCCUGUAGUGUGUGUUUCCACUUUAAUUUUGAGUGUGACUCCAAAUCCAGACCUCCGUGGGUUGAAAAAAUUUGACUUCCAUUUUUUAAUUUGUGUGAUUUUAUUGUCAGCACAUUCAACUAUGUAAAUAACAAAGUAUUUCAGAAGAAUAUUUAAUUCAUUCAGAUCUAGGAUGUUAUUUUUGUGUUCCCUUUAUUUUUUUGAGCAGUGUAUUUUUCCCAAAAUACAAAGCUGCUAUCAAGUUUAUAAAUGGUGUUUUUCAUAUGAAUCCCACAGCUAAAUGUUGGGAUUCAUAUUGGCCCAGUCCAUCUUAUUUAUUGGUACUUAACUGGUGGUAUGCUUUGCGUCCUUUACUAGUAUUGCACAUUAAAACAGCUGAGUGUAAAAGGCUUGUGUUGAAGGCAGCUAGUCUAGAUGUUGAAAAUCAUUAGUGCUAAUUUAUCUUCCCUCUCUAUUACAGGAUGCCAAAAAAAUCCCAUCCAUCUCCUCUUCAUGUCUGGUGAGUAAGCUUCUCAUAUUUGUGUGUGUGCGCAUAUGAUUGUUCAUUUCAUGUUUUCUGGUUGCCCUGUUGUAAAUUCAAAUACAUUGCUUCACAACUAGAAAACUCCCUUGUUUCCACUCCCUCCCCUAAUCAGAGGAUGCACAUGCACUUUUAGCUGGCAAAAUGGUUCAACCACAGACUUCUCUAUGGGAAGCUUGUGACUAGACCUCAUUGAGCCUCUGUAGCGCUAGAGGGGGCGCUGAAUUUCAGUUCCAGGAGAAUAGCACUGGAUUCCAGUUGGGAAAACACAUUUGCAAGUUAAAGGGCAAACUGUGAAGGGGGACUAUUCUCCAUUGUGCCCAACAGGGCAUUCUACACAGGAACUGUCCCCACCACCACCCUCCCCUAAAAACAGGGUUAGAGUAAACCUCUAAACACCUGGUGAUAUCUACUUUAGGUAGCUAUAUAUUUUAGUGUUGCAAUUUAAUUAAACUUAGAAUGCAAACUUAGUGUUUAGUGUUGCAAUUUAAUUAAACUUAGAAUACAAACAUACCAAAUCUAAAAUCACUCCACAUUAAAACACAAACGUGUUGCUGACCCUAUUGUCUUAAAACCACUAUUUAGGUGGCUCCCCCCCCCCCCCCACACCUUAUUUUCAGCGAUGCGUGGGUCUGCUUACACUGAUUCUCCUCCUUGGUGCCAUCAGAAUGUAAGAUUUUUAGCCAAUCCAAUGCUUUCCCAUCAUUGGAUUGACUGAAAUCGACAAGAAGGUGGGGUGGGGUGGGGCAGGGCCAAACGCCAGCUUGGCCAAUCAGCACUUCCUCAGAGAUGCAUUGAAUCAAUGUGUCUCUAUAAGGAACAUUUCUGCGUCUCAGGCGCUGUGCCGCAUGCCCCAGGAAGCACCUCCAAUGGCCAUCUGAGUGGCCACUGGAGGUGUCCCUAGGGGGUAAUGUAAACACUGCCUUUUCUCCAAAAUAGCACAGUAUGCAUGAAAAUGUCUGCAGGGAAUUACUCACCAGAACUACAUUAAGCUGUAGUUGUUCUGGCGACUGUAGUGUCCCUUUAAAAUUUUAGUUUUCUCUUUUGUAUUUUGUGACUAGUGUCUACCAAAUGUAAACUGAAGUCUUAGACAUAUGAUGUAAAUCAGGACAAAUACAUUUGAAUUUAUUUUGAAAUUUCUUAAGAUGCGUUAAUUAUAUGCACCUUGUUGGCAAAACUGUGGGGAAACCUAUAACGAUUUAUAUAUGUAUAUGUGACAGCUAAUUGAAGCCCUUUUGUUCUUUAAAGAAAAGUGUGUGUUUGUGUUUUAUGGUGGGGGGAAAAUUGUGAUUGAAAACCCCUUCCACCUGAAGUCUGUGGAUAGUUAAUACAAUGUUAAACAAAAAUCUGCACACCAGUCAAGCCAUAAGACUUGCUUUUCCCACAGAAAUCCCAGAUCUGCAGUAGUGAUACAACCGCAAAGGAUUCUGGGUGGGCAUAUUCUGCGGUUGUAACAUCACUGCAGAUUUAGGAUUUCUGUGGGAAAAGCAAGUCUUAUGGCUUCACUGGUGUGCAGAUUUUUGUUUAACAUUGUAUUAACUGUAUGUAUGUAUGAAACUGCUUGUGUCCUUUAAGAACAGACCAGUCCAAUUGAAGCUGUCUGUAAUAGGAUUGAUUUCUUUAAAUCUUUCAUUUUCGUAUUACAGGCAGACAAAAGUUUCCAGGAUGAUAUAGGAAACUCUUCUAAAAGGAAAAAGGUAACCAUAUAUAGGUCAAGAAUGGUUGAUACUUUCAAAGAUCCAUAAAUUACUUUAAAAAACAUGUUUCUUAUUUGAACAAGUUAAAUUAUUUGUGAAUAUUCAUAAUAGUUUUUGGCAGUCACAUGUUCUUCUGUUUUGUUUUUAAAAGGACACAAUUUUAGCUAAGUACAAAAACAACUUUAGCUUAAUAAAGCAAUUUUGGUGUAUAUGUAAUGCUCUGGUAGUCUCACUGCUCAAUUCUAUACCAUUUAGGAGUUAAAUCACUUUUAUUAUUAUGUAGUCUUUGCCACACGUCCACAGCUGUGACUUGCACUCACAAUAUGAAUUACAUUUUUUAUUUUCAAUCGGCUCUUACAGCACAUUGUGUUUAAUUUAAAGGUGCUUAUCUUUUGCUGUGUUGAUCGAACUUUAACAGAUUCCUACGGGCUGUAGCAGAUGAGACAUUCCAAAUGAAACAGACUUUGUAAUAAUGGAAGUGGGGGGCGCUGUGUAACUCACAUGGAGGGAGUUGUACUUAGGGCUGCAUUUAGCUCCUAAAUGGCAGAGAUUUGAGCAGUGAGAUUGCAGGGGCGUGAGCGAUGUCAAAACCCCUUAGUUAUAAGGACACUCUAAACACCAAAAUAACUUAAACUUCAUAAAUUAGUUUUCAUAUAUAGAUCCCUUCUCUGCAGUGUCACUGCUCAAUACUCUGCCAUUUAUGAGUUUAUUACUGUUUAUGCAGCACUAGUCACACCUUCCCUGGCUGUGACUCUCAAACCCAACAUGAAUUGUAAUCACACACAGAAGGCUCUUGCAAACUUGAGCAAGCAAUUAACAGAGCAGGAAAUAAGAACUUGAAUGAGACACAAUGUUCAGUAAGAGAGUUAAAGGGGCACUCCAACCACCAAUAUUACUUUAAUGUGUUUGAUUUGUGUUGGCCUCAUUAAUAUGCUGUAUUUUUGUUGCAUGCUUUAUUUUUCAUAGUUUUUGCAUAAAGUAAAUGUUUUGCACAAUACUGCACCAUAAGUCUGCCUCUUUAGCCACACCCCCUUACUUCAGAAACAAAAAUCAAAGCGGUGCACACAGCUCAACCACUGACGGUACUAAAUGAUUCGAACAACAAAACAACCUGCAUUUGGUGAGGGCACCCAUGUAGAUAUUAUAAGGAUAUAGCUACCGGUUUGCAGUUUCUCUGUCUUCAUCCAGAUUGUGAAUUAAAAGCUGCUCACUCAGUACUUUUGGGGAUGAAACACUGUGUAUAUAUUAUUAGGAUGUCUAUCUGGGACGAGAGGUUUGGCUAAGGUGACAGGAUUACGGUGCAGAAUUCUGCAUAACAAUAUAUAUAUAUAUAUAUAUAUAUAUAUAUAUAUAUAUAUAUAUAUAUAUAUAUAUAUAUAUAUAUAUAUAUAUAUAUAUAUAUAUAUAUAUACACACACACACACUCUCUUGUACAAAAAAUAUAAAGAUUUAAACAUGCGGCUGAGUGCAUGCGGUGUAGUAGCUCGCUAUGUAUAUUUUAGUGGAACUGGACCAGGGCCAUAUAUGGUGCUAUUGGUUUUGUGCAUUACAAAAGUCAGCCAGGGGCUCCCUAUUCCUAGGUGUCUCAGACCCAUUGGUGGGUGUGUGUGUUUGUGUAUAGCUAAUAAACUGUAGCGUGGUGUAGAACUAAAACAAUAUUAAAACUUUAAAGAUUAUGCAGCACAGAGCCGUGAGUUCUGGAGGUCCAUCAUUUAGAUUAGUGUCAUUCAUGAUAGUCAGGUGGCAAGCAGGCUGCCGGCUUUGGUCUGUCGGGCAGUUGUCACAUCCCCUAUGCCCAGUGCAGAGAAGAACGCAUGGAUAGAGGUCCCUGUAGGGAGUUUGUGCAUGGUGCCAUUGUCAGAGACAUGGAGGGAUCUUGGUGUUCCCCACCUGUAGGUCACUCCUACGUGUGCGUAGUCGGGUGGUGAGUGAGUUCAGGGAUUUCCUCCAUUUCAGCGUUGCUUUGGAUAAGUCCUGAUAAAGACGGUUGGGAGUCCUCAAAAGUCAGUGGGGUCUUGCUCCUUACCGCUGCCAUGAUGUCUAGGGAUAGUGAGCAGCAGAAUAUUACGUCCUCGGGCACUGUGGAAGUAGUUUUGGUCGGCUUUGGGAGGCAGUAUAGCCCAGUUAUGUUGAUUUUUCUUGCGGUUGAAGGUGGCAGUAUUGUGAACAGCAGUCUCCUCACAUAGUGUGGCAAUUCCUCCCCAGGCACCAUAGAGGGUAUGCCCCUUAUCUUAGUAUGGUUGCGGUGGUACCGGUCGUCUUGCGCCGAUAAUUAGUGAGAGGGCAUGUUGGGUUGUUUGUAGUAUGGAGGCCUUCAUAGCGGAGGUGUCAUUGCGGUUCUCCUUAGCUUCAGCUGCUUUCAUCCGUCAUGUCACCUGCUGCAUGGCCGUUUUCAGGACUGGCAAGUCAUCAGUGAGAAGUCUCUGGAGGUCUUGGAGCAUGGUCUAUAUAGGGUUUGGAAGUUCUGCUUCGUUGCAGGUUCUGGGCAGCCAGCUGUUGCUGUGGGCUAGUGUUGUGUGUGUGUGUGCGCUCUGUGCCUGCGGGGGAGCCAGUGAUGCGGCAUGGGAGACUCCAGUUGGAGGAAAGUUUUCCGCGGCUGCCAUUUUGACUGGAGUGUGCCGCUGGCACAUCGCUCCGAUGUCCCGCUGUUAAUUUGCGGUUCCGGCCAGAGGCUUCUUGGAUCUGAGCCCCAUGGAAGGAGUAGUGAGCCCUGUGUGAGGUUGCCACAGUUCUGCCAUUUCCCCGUCGAGGUCCCCGCUCAAAAGAUACUAGAGGUCGGGGUAUGCUGGCAUGUAAUAUGCCCCAUGCCUGCGUUUCAGCUUUGGUUGCUUCGCGGAGUAUAAGAAGGGCAUCAGUUGGUGCGGCAAGACGUCCUUGGUCUGUAUCUGCUGUGUGCGGGGUUGGAUGGUGGCGAGGUGCGGAGAUAUAGUGUGGAUUGUGUUUUAGGGUGUUGGAGCCGUCAGAAAUGGCGUCUGGCAACACCACAUGAAACUUAGCCCAACUGACAUCUGCUGGCGAUCCUGUGGUGGAAAUGCCCCACAGUUAGUCUUUUUUCUGGAAGGGAGUGGUUGAACUAGGUACUAAAAUACGACAAAGGACAUGGAUUUAGACCCAUAGCAUUCUUACUAUUCAAGCCUACUGAUGGACUCCUCCACCAUGAACAGAAACUACUCAACAUGGUAUACUUAGCAGCCAGACGACCCCUGGCACAGAAGUGGUUGAACACUCAGCCCCCCUCCCUCACAUUGGCAAUGGCCAAAAUAAGCCAAUGAUCUUAUGGACAAGCUGACAUCACAGGUCCACAACACCACUGCCACCUUUCAGAGGGUAUGGGACUUGUGGCAGCAAUACACAGAGGAAAUGGGAUUGUAGGUCGUGAGAACAAUUACACAUAACACCCCCGUACCGUGAGAUUCUACUAUUCUAUCCCUUCCAUUAAUUUCAUUACCUUCCUUACCUUUUGACACUGUGCCAAUGUCAGUGUCUUCUAUAGGGUGUGGUAAGACUGCAGUAUGCAUCCUGUUUCUACGCCAUCUGCCCAUACACCUCAGACAGGGGAGCCUACUAUACUGUUACUCCGCACCUCACGGACUCUUGGGCUUUGCCACACUACAGCCAUUUAUGGCUAUUGACAUUGGCUCCAAGUGAUUCCAAAUGUCCCUCACCACUUAAUACUUGCACACAAAUACAGUUAGCACUGAAUUGACUGCACCACACUGCCACCUUCAUCAUUGUAAGCGCCAAUCUUAAAUGUUUCACCAGUAAACACUAAUAAGAAACCAAAAAGAAAAUGCAAAUGAAUAGAAACUGUGGCAUCGGGAGCAGGGGGAACGAAUGAAUUACGGCUGACACCUACAUUCCCCGCAUAGCGAAGUGCACACACCCCUUAUUGCCAUACUGCUGGGACUUUUCUUAUCUAUUUUCCUAUCUUUCUGUUAUACCUUUUAUUUUUCCAAUGCUUAAACAAAAUACUUUGACAGUUGGUCUUUGCUUUUCUCACAAAGGGAUACAUGGUCUGGAAUACUGUAACAAAUGUUCUUUUACAAUCUGAUGCCUGUAAUAUUGCAUUGUACGCUAUAAAUAAGUUACCUCUAAGUACCUUCCAACCUCACUUUAUCCUAUCAUUGAAUACGGUCAUCACAAAAAUAAAGAAUGAAUAAAAAAAAAAAAAGAGAAAAUGAAAUGGCGUCUGGUCCAGUUUAGUGCCUGGCUCCACCCUCCACUUCGGCUACUUUUGAUCUUAAAUUUGAACUUCAGUUGGAGUUAUUUAGUAAAUAACAGUGUAAGGAUUUUCCUCCAAUUUUUCCCAUUUUUGUGAUAAUGGUUGCAUUACAUCCUCCUAUGGCAUUGACUUUCAUAUGUUUCAUAUUUUGUGAGGUUUUGUAUGAAGCAAUGCAGUUUUGCAGUUUCAAUAUCAACACUUGUUGAAGGAGAUGUAGAUAGUGCUGCUUGACACUUGCAUUUUCAAAUUCCUCACAGCUGUCACUGCUUUUAAAAGGGUUCAUUGUAUAUUUGUUUGGCACUUGCUGUUUUUUUUUUUUCUUAAAGAAACAGUCAUCAGUGUUUGUCCUAUCUAUACCAAUUUUAGUCUCAUGCUGAUCUCGUUAUUUGAAUUUUAGAUUCACUGAUGCUACUUUCCCCAUUUGAGAAUUUGUUUUUCUUAAAGGGACACUAUAGUCACCAGAACUACAGCUUAUUGAAUUUGUUCUGGUGAGUAGAAUCAUUACCUUCAGGCUGUUUGCUGUAAACACUCUUUUUUCAGAGAAAAUGCAGUGUUUACAUUACAGCCUAGUGAUAACUUCACUGGCCACUCCUCAGAUGGCUGUUAGAGAUCCUUCCUGGGUCAAGGCUGCCUAAAAUGCAUCCAAAAAUUCAGUAUCUCCUCCCUCUGCAUGCAGACACUGAACUUUCCUCAUAGAGAUUCAUUGAUUCAAAUCAUAUCUAUGAGGAGAUGCUGAUUUGCCAGGGCUGUGUUUGAAUCGUGCUGGCUCAGCCCCUGAUCUGCCUCUUUGUCAGUCUCAGCCAAUCCUAUGGGGAAGCAUUGUGAUUGGAUCAGGCUACCACUUCUGCUGAUGUCAGCAGCCAGCUUGUUUUUCUGAGGCAAACAGCAUGCAGAUCUACAGCUUCAGGCUUAAAUACAGUAAGAUUUUUACUAUAUUUAUGGAGGCAUGAGCGGUCCAGGGGGCUAGAUGCUGGUUUUAACACCAUAGGGUCAGGAAUACAUGUUUGUGUUCCUGACCCUAUAGUGAUCCUUUAAACAGCAGUAUAUAUAUAUCUAUCUAUCUAUCUCAAAUGUGCCUUUCCCAAAAAUAAUUGCAAUACUGUCAGCCUAGCAGGCCUGCAGUAAGGUCUUAAUGGAUUGAUCAGAGACUUUCAUUUGAAAUAUAGAUAUGUUACUUGCAUUUAUAAAGCACUAAAAUAUUUGACAGUGCUGUAUAAUUGGGUAAAGACAGUACCAUAUAAACAGACCAAUACAAAACAGACCUGUGAGCGGAGAUAUAGCCCCUGAAGAUAUUUUAUACAGGGUACUUUGCUAGGUAGCCAGUGAGCUUACAAUCUAAAGGGUAAAAUGGGGACAUGAGACAAGAGGUAGCAGAGGGAAUUUGGAGGGGAUAGCAGUAACACGAAGGAAUGAGGAUGUGAUGGAUUGCGUUGCCAAACAGCUGGAAGAACAUGCUAUAUAGUUGGAAGCAACCAGGGUGCAAGGGUGGGGAUGUGCUAGUAGAAAAAGAAGUGGGGCUGUUUCAGUUGUUUAGUGGAAUUGGGCCUAGAGAAUAGUUAUUUAAAAAAUUGCAGCGGAAAAGGACAAACAGUGUUUGGAGGUGUAGAGCAAACACCUCAUUUGGCUGGCAAAUAUUUCCAUCAGCCAAAAUAGUAAUAACUGCAAGUAUAAAAUAUUAGAGUAGUAAACUAUAUGGGUAAAAAUGUUAGUAUUGUUAUAGUAAAUUAAUAAUAUAGUAACAAAGGUGAAAUAAAUCCAAUUGUAUAUCUCCCAAAUUUCUGUCUGUAAGUUCUGAAUAGAAAUGAAGUGGCUUUGAUUUAGUUGGUUUGUGGAAUUGGUCAUUAAAGUUGCAAUGAGGUGUAAAAAAGAAGUGGAUUUGUUAGUGUGGGCAGAUAUAUAGAUUAUAUUAGUAUGUGUAUAUGAAUAUAAACACACUCUUGUAUUCUUACCAACUCUAAAUGACAUUUUACAUUCUUUAAUUUUAAGGUUGAGUCAACAUAUCCCCCUGUUCGUGCUCUUAUGACACCAAAAUCCAUAGUGAUCUCUCCAAACGUAUCUUCAUACAUCAAGCCUUCACUGGCUCCAUCUGGUUUGAUAAAAAGCAAACACAGAAUGCAAAGUGACCAGCAGAAGGUGAGUAUUUUACGGUUACUGUAACUUGCAUUUAAUGUAGAUUUUUCAUCUGCAAAAUGUUCAAAUGGUAACAUGUACAUUAACUAUGGUUUACGUAAAUGUAAAAUUAAUAUUGUCACCAAUGGUGUAAUUUUAAAUGCUUCAUGAGCGCAUUAUGUAGGCAAGUAAAAACUACAUUAUAUGGACAAAAGUAUUGAGACACCUGACCAUUACACCAAAUGGAAAUUUUGACAUUGCAUUUUAGGUACAUAGAAAUAAAUAUGCAGUUUGGUCCCCUGUUUACAGCUAUAACAGCUUACACUCCUCUGGGAAGGCUUUGCACAGUAUUUUGGAGUGUUUCUGUGGGAAAUUUUGCCUAUUCAUCCAGUAAGAGCAUUUGUGAGGUCAGGCAUUGAUCUUGGACAAGAAGGCCUGGCUCACAGUCUCUGUUCCAGUUCAUGCCAAAGGUGUUCAGUGGGGUUGAGGUUAAGUUCUCCCACAUCAAACAUAUCCAACCAUGUCUUUGUGGACCUUGGUUUUUGCAGUGGGGCUCAGUCAAGCUGGAAUAGUGAAGGGACUUCCCCCAAACUGUUCCCACAAGUUGGAAGAAAAGCAUUGUCCAAAAUGUCUUGUGAUGCUGAAGCAUUAAGUUUUCCCUUCACUGGAAGAGUCUUGGUGAUUGUACUUGAUGUGAGCUCCUGCCGCACAGUUGUGCUAAUAUUAAUGUCAGUGGAAGUUUGAAACUCUUUAGCUUUGGAAUCAGCAGAGCAAUGCUGAAUUUUACCCACGAUUCACCUCAUCACUCAAGCCCCCUGCUUUGUGGCUGAGUUGCUGCUGUUCCUAAACCUUUCCACUUUCCGGUAAUACCACUUACAGUUGACAGUGGAAUAUCUAGCAGGGAUGAAAUUUCACAAACUGACUUAUUGCAAAUGUGGCAUUCUAUCACAGUACCACGAUAGAAUUCACUGAGCUCUUGAACGACCCAUUUUUUUUACUGUUUGUAAAUGCAGACUGCAUGGCUAGAUGCUUGAUUUUAUACACCUGUGGCAAUGGGUCUGAUUGAAAUAACUGAAUUCAACAAUUAAGAGGUGUGUCCCAAAACGUUUUUCUAUAUAAUGUAUGUAGUAGGCAGUUCUAUGGAAUUCCAAAUUAUGAUGCAGGUGCAUAAAUAUCACUGCAAAUUUGUGAUUAUUUUUUUUUGGGAAAAGCAAGUCUUAUGGCUUGACUGGUGUGCAGAGUUUUGUUUAACAUUGUAUUAAAUAUAUAUCAAUCUCAAACAAAGAUCCCUCCAUACUCUGCAAUAUAUUUGCUUAGUUUAUUUAGUCAUCAAAUUAAAAAGGCACAUUUUUGACUCUGUGCCCUUGCACGUUGCUGAAUAAGCCUCCUAAAUAUAAUUCUAAGUGCUAGGGAUCCUUAAGCAAUACGUAGGCCACAUUCUUAAUACACUUUAAUUACUGCUUUGAUUUUAAUCUUGGUUAAAGGAUUAGUACAGGGUAGUUUCACUGCUUAGUUUAUGAUGUACGUUUAUAGUAGUAAGCUGUGGUUCUUCUAUUGCAUGGUCUACUGCAACCACGCUCACGUGAUGGGAAAAAAAUGCAUAUACGCUGCAACCCCUUGUUGUGCUGACAAGCUUUUUUUACUAUUUUUCUUUUCUUAAAAUUCUUUAUAAGUUCAUGUAGUUAUAGUGACCUACAGCGGAGAUAGACUAAUACAUACUGUGUUAGUACAGUCUUAUAGCCAUUGAACAUUUGAAACUAUGCGUAAGAUCACCUACUAUUGUGUACGUGUUACAAUGAUUAACAGCAUUCAACAAUAUAGUGCAGUGACAUUCACUCCAUUAAGAGUGAUAUUUAUGGUCACAGAAAUGUCUUGUCUAUUUUGUACUACAAUGAACUUUAGUUUUAUAUAUUUAUUGGUAGUACUGUAUAUAGAGAUUAUAAAAAGAUCAAUAAAUGUUUGAGGAAGGGGAGAUAAAGAGGAGUAAUACUUUUGAAGAGGUUGCUCCUUGGCCUGCUGGGGCGGGGAGGCGCAUCCAUCACACUCCCUUAGUCAGUUAUUGUUCCGUAUAGCCUUACCAUGGUUGCCAGACCUUUUGUAAAAGUGGAACAAGUGUUCCGUACUUGGGUCGAAGUCUUAUCCAUAUAAGUUUCUUUAAUUUUGUAGAAGACAUUUGUGCUAAUUGGACUGAUGGUAAAGGUGGAGUAUUUUACUAUUCUUAUCUGAUCAACUGCUGCUCAACCGAACUGGCCUGUUGCUGCAGUUUCCCACCAAGCACACAGAAUAUCAAUGCGGCAAGCAAGUUAGUUUGAGCAGCAGUUGGCCAGAUAAGAGAAGAAUCUGACCCAAAAAUCAUUAGGUUUCGUUAAAUGUAAUAAACUUUUUAAUGAGACUUAUAUAUUUGACUACUUUACACUUUGCAUAUUUAAUGUGUCCUUUGUGUUUAAUUACAGGAGUCAAAAGGAACUCGUAUGUUGCAUGCUCCAACAGCACCACAAACUGAGAGGUAUGUUAUGAACUCUAAUUUUUAUAUUCUAGCAUAUAGCGCUAAAAAUAUAAAAUGGCCUUUGUUCCAGUACAGCUCUACAAAUCUUGUAAUAUAGCCAUAAUCUUUUCUAAGACCCCUAAGUGUAAUUCUACCUUUCUAUAUUGGUGGUCUGGCAUUUCAAGAUACUAGAGUCCUGCUAAAAUCUAUUAAUUUCAGUUUGUUUCCCUUGUUCAAUGUUCCAAUCUUAGCUCUGUAUUUUUUAAAUUAUGCAUAUAUGAAUGUUUGUAUGUGGGUGUAAAGUUUUGAAAGCAAGAAAAAAAUAUUUUGCUUGCUGCCAUUUUACUUGGCAAAAAAUAUGGGAAGCAUUGUUGUGCUAGUAAUAUUUGUACUAUCCUAAAGUAAUUCGGAAAAUAUAUAUAAUUUUUUUUAUGUAUUUUAGUCAAAUAAUGCUAGUGUAAAAGGGCAUUUUAGGACACCCUAAUAAAAUUUUGACAAACCGUUAAUUGCAUUUGCAUUCAGUCAUAUUCUAGGAUGUUGCGGUAAGUACGGGCCUUGUGCCUAGUCCCUUAGCGUGUAAACGGACACUUCAGACCUCGAGAAGUGCUAUGUGUGAAGAAUGUUUUCCUUCUUCAUUUUACAGAAAGCGCAGAUUUCCAUAGAAAUCCUCCUGAGCUGUUAAUAAGACAACUGGUUCUGUUGCUUCCUUGUUGUGUAGCUCAUUGAAUAGAGACUCAAGGCAGACAAUUGCCCAGAGCACAUGCUUUGAAAAGUCUUCCCAUUUGGCAGCAUUAAAAAAUUUGUGAUUGGACACCCACAGAAAGAUUGGAAAAGAAGGGGGGCAGGGCUUGCAAGUCUUCAGGCAAGAGAGCGGCUGUUUUUAGAUAUAUCCCCAUAAUGCAUAACUAAAUGCAUGCAUAUUUUCAUUGGCGGUAUAUCUACUAAGCUGACUUGUUUGUUUUUCCAUUUCUUUGACACACUGCUUUAUGGUAUCUUUCAAAGAUUUAACUCUCAAUGAUGUACUAAGAUAGAGCAACAUUUGUUCUCAGUCUUGCCUCCCACACAACCAGUAGAAAGAAGGCAAGUUGGAAGUUUCCAUAUGUGUAUCAAGAGGCAGUUUCCCCUUUUUAAUGCCAGUUCAUCUACACUAGUAGAUGGGGUUUGUCCCAUGGCAGCUUUGGGUGAAUUGUUCUUUCCAUCAUUCACUUUUGAUUUAGUCUACAGCAGGGAUAUCCACACUUAUUGCUUGAAAAUUCUUGCUAUCAAACUGCAGUCUGCAAGGGCUGCACCGUAUAACCUCUCCAAACUAGCAAUUUCCUAGUCUCUAGAAAUAUAUUGACUAAGAGUAUGUCACUGUAUGUGUUUUCCAUUACUAGGGUUGCUUGCUUUCUAAUAAAUUGCUACUGUUGCUUUACUUACUGUUUUUUGUUUUCUUUUCCCAACAGCUUUUCUUUCCCCAAGUCAAGCACUCCUGCAUCUAAUGGCUUAUCAUCCAGAGGAGCUGGCGGUAAAAUGAUGAGAGAGAGAAACUCUCAUUACACAAUAAAGCCAGCAGAAGAGGUAAUUUUUUUUUUUUUUUUUGCGUUGUUCAUGUUGCAAAAUAGGUGACAGAUGCUUUUAAUUCAUUAAAUACAGGAGAUUAUAGAUAUUUUAGAAUAAAAUCUAGCUCAUUGCAUGUUUUCAGGUGUUUAAAAUGACAGAAUACCAGAAACUAACAUGGAAACUAAUGUACAGUUUAUUUGCUUAAAAGUAAACUAUAGUGUUAGAAAAAUAGUUUUCAUUACUUACCUGAUUCCAGCACCGAUGUCCCUUGACACUCAGGCUCUCCUCCUCCUCCUCCCCCUCACAUUAGGAUUUUGGGUAAAGCUGGGUGUCCUCAUGCAGAGCACCAAAAGCUACCUAACCACCCAGAAGUCCCUCUAGUGGCUGUUUGGUACGUAAUUAUUGCAGUUUAUUAAAAACAGUGGUUUGUGUUAUACUGUCACUUUUAAAAGAAUUUUACUUUAGUGCUGGUUAACAUUUUACAUAAAGUUACAUAGCUGAAAGAGACUUGCGUCCAUCAAGUUCAGCCUUCCUCACAUUUGGUUUUUUGCUGUUUAUCCAAAAGAAGGCAAAAAAAAACCCAGUUUGAAGCACUUCCAAUUUUGCAACAAGCUAGGAAAAUAAAAUCCUUCUUGACCCCAGAAUGGCAGUCAAAUUUAUCCUUGAAUCAAGCAGUUAUUACCCUACAUUGAAAGAUUAUAUCCUUGAAUAUUCUGUUUUUGCAAGUAUGCAUCUAGUAGCUGUUUGAAUUACUUGGCAUGUAAGAAAAUUGGAAUUGAUAAUCGAAGGUUUGUGUAGUAAUCUUGAACUCAAACGCUGUUGUAUAAUGUGUUCUGACAUACUGAUUGUGAGAUAUAUGUAAUCUGUUUAGUGAAGAGGUUUCUACAUUGCCAAUAUCCAAUGCUAGGCAACAUUGUUCUUGUGUAUCCACAAACUACAAUUUAUUUAUUUUAGUUGUCAGAGGCACCUGUUUUACCUGAAGUACCAUUGCCAUUAAGCACGGCAUCACUACCCAGCUUUAACUUCUCAACUGCAUCCACUGCUACUUCCCUGUUAACUGCUCCUAAACCUACAGAUAGCAAGACUGCUUCGUGGCAGGUAUGUUGGAAUUCUUUAACAACUAAACAUAUCUUAUUGAUUGUGACAGUUUACCCUGUGUACUUUACAAAGUUAAGAUUCUCCAGCCUUUAGUCCAAUACUGACUAAAAAUUGCCUUAUUUAUAAAAUUCACAUAUAUUUGUCUUAAAGAGAUUUUUAUAUUGCAUGACAUGUCAGAUCAUCUAGGGCUUCUGAAGUGAGUGUUAUUGGCUAAUGUCUAUUUUACAUUUUCCCUUGGUUGUAUGGGCAUUUUUAUUUUGUUUUUCCACUCCUUUUGUAGCUGCUCCAUUUAAAAGAAUCAUGCAUAUUAAGCAAAGAUAACCACACCCUUUGUAUUAUGGGAGCUCUCUAAGCUUUGUCCAUAGGAUUCAGAUCUGAACAUAAUCUUUCUUGUCCUGCAUGAUUUAGAAAGAUUGGAAUCUGAGGCAAUGGCUCUACAGUUUGGAAUCAUGCUAAAUUUGAUGACUAGUAUUGUCAGACUAGACAAAUGUUUCUACAAUAUUUAGUAUGAUUUCUUGCUGCUCUCUAUUUACUAAAGUUCUGGGAAUUAUAGCUGCAAUUUCAGCACUAUAUGAUUUUAUAUCUGUAUCGUUACAAAAAUGACAGGAAUUCUUAUCCACGCUUUAAUUUCAGCAAAUGACCAAUUUGACCAACAACCCUCUGUUCACAUUUUCAUCCCCAAUUGUGAAAUCAACUGAAUCCAAUGCACAAUCUCCUGGGUCAUCUGUAAGUAUUUAUGAACUCAUCAUUACAACUUUUUGAGUGCUGUCGCAAUAACUUUUAGUUACCAGUAUUUGUUUUUAAGAUUGCCUUAUUUAGUGCUGUAACUUUUUAAAUGGUUAUUGGCAGCUGCUCUCUAACCUGUUUAUGCAUAAGUGUGUCGAUUAUAAAUUGGAAUUCCCCUUUAAAUUGAUAAAGCUUGGCUUUUAAAUGUCCCAGUGGAUUUUAUCUCCAUUGAAUUCUUUUUUUAAAAAGAAUGUUUUAAUUUAGUGUGACUCUAAUUACUAAAUUUGCCUUGCAUAUAUUUUUCUUUAUUGUAGUUUUGCAUAAACUGCCUAUCAUAAGUGUUCCAAUGUGUUUCUUCAUAGGUUGGUUUCACAUUUAGUGUUCCAGCUGUGAAAUCUACUCCACCUACCACUGCAGAUAAGAUGAUUACUACAAGUAGCCCUGGUAAGAACCAGUGUUUUCUUAUGUGCCCCACUAUUAGCGAUUUGGCAUGAUGCUUUGUGAAAUGUGCUAGUGCAAACAGCCUCACCCAUUUUUAAACUGGUUAGAUCAAGAUUCAGCAAUAGCCCAGUUGUGUUCAUUUUAUUGGGCAUGGACUGUUUUUGUUAAAAGAAUGCUUAAACCUUUAACACUAUUCAGAAUUACCAUUUGUAUUGUAUCUUUACCCCUUUACAUGCUAUAUCCCCAACAUAAAAGCAUGUUUACGUACAUUUUUAUUUUAUUUUUUCUCGCAGUUGCUCAACUCCAACUGUCUCCCAUCCUCUCACCAAAAAUGGUGCAUGUGCAGAAAUCACCCAGAGUAUAUUGCUUCUCAUAGGGAAGCAUUAGUCUGUUUCCCCUUUGAAAGAUCUCGCUUCAGAAACCUGAAGUUACUUGUUAAGUUGUUCGUUCAAGCGGAAUAAAUCCGAAAGCUUUCCUUGCAGUCACCUUGAUGGUUGGGGAGGGUCCCUAAAUAAGUUCAUAAAGUUUCAAAUUUCUAUUCUAAUUGAUCGUUUUAUGAAUUUAGACAAGGAGGACUUCCUAUUCAUGUCACUAGCAAUAUAAAGAUUGAUUUAUUUUCUGCUAAACGAAGAACUACAUUGUAUUGUUGAUUAUGUUAAAGUAAUGCUAUUUAAUAUUCAUUGCUCAUUUAAUUUUGCUUCCUAAUCAUACAUUUGUCUGCAUUGAAAGCAAUCUACUAUUUUGGGGGAAAAGCUGCUAUAACUUUGCCAAAUGCAUGGCUUUAAAUGCUCAUUUCAUCCCUUUUCUAUUGAAAAUACAUGAUGAUAUAUAUCUAGCUUCUCUUAUAGCAGGUAAUUGUUGUGCACAAUUUAUAUAAAAUUUAUGGAUUUUCAUUUUACUUUUUCUGUUUUUCUAAGCUAAGUCAUUGAUGAAUAACAUAAGUGCAAAAAAGAAAGAGGAAGAACAUGGGGGGUUUUGUAAACCUGCAAAAUCUUUAAAGGAAGGAAGCGUGCUAGAUAUUUUGAAGAGUCCAGGUAUGUGAACUUAUUUUUUUUUUUUUAAACAAAUUAAAAACAUCGGUAGCAUUUUAAAUAAUUGUCUGUUGAAUUUAGAUUUAAAUAAUCUCAGUUAUGAUUUUGUAAAAAAAAAUUUUUAAUUUUCUUUUGGGUCUGUGUGCGUUUUGUACAAGUAAGAAAAUCUAAUGUUUCCUAGUUUUUUUUUUUUUUGUUUUUUUUUUUUAAUCCCUAGAUGUCAUUUCUAAAGAGGACAUGUUACAGUAAUGAUAUAUCACUUUCUGGAUUGAUUGUAACCAAAAUAACACUAUUACAGUAAUUGUGUAUUGGUCUUUCUCUAAAUCUCAAUAUAAUACCAAAGGUUUGGAUUUAUAAAAAAAACAAAACUUCACAACCCCUGCCCCACCCCCCAAUGGCACAUGCAAGGAUGACACUAAAGAGUGCUAAGAUAAUAACUUUGUGUUUCUUUAGCACUAUAGUUUCCUUUAAGCACCAGCUUAAUUUGGUUCUUCUGGGCCAGGCAAUUUGCCAAUGCAGGCUGAGUAGUGUAAACAUUGCACAUUCGGAGGAGAGGCAGUGUUUACAUUGCAGCCUAACACCACUUCUAGUGACUGAUACUUGGACAGCCACUAGAGGGACUUCGAACAUGUGGUCUUUCAAUGAUCGCAAUCAGUACAUAUCUAUGAACAGAUGCUGAUUAGUGCAGCAUGACGAUUGCUGUGCAUGUGCACAAGCCCCCAAAUGCUUCCACACAAGGAAGCAUUGGAUUGGUUAACAGCAUCCGUAGUGACAAUCUUAUUCAGCAAAUGAGCGGCUGCAGUUAAAAACCGGUGGACCAGAAUUAUUGCAGUUUCCUUGCUAUGCAGACUUGAUUUCGAGGUCUCCUCUCUUGCUGAUUCUAGCCUUGGACCCUCAGUAAUUAUAUCAGUAGAAUGCUUACUGUGUUGGAAAUUCAAUGUUACAGUUAUCAAUUUGUUGCUCACACUAUUUUAACCCAGCUGACAGGAGUGCAUAGACCAAUUCUAACCUACAUCAGCAGUGACAAACCCAUUCUGAUAAUUUUAUGAACCUUACUAUCAUGUCAUACUUGACCUUAAACCUAAAUCAUAAUGGCUUUGUACAUUUAUAAUGGUUUAUCUAUUUAGGAGUAUAUUUUAUGCUACACAUUCUAAUACGAUAUUUUUUUCCCACUUUCCUCAUAGGCUUUUCCUCUAGCACAUCUGCCCAGACUUCAUCAAUCUCUAUUGGAAAAAGCACAUCACCUCUCACUCAACCUGCAAGCAAAGUGACACUUGGAGAAGGCAAUAAACAAGCAUUUGGACUUUGGCAGUGCAGUUCAUGCUUCCAUGAGAACAGAGCAAGUGACAACAAAUGUGUUGCCUGCUCUGCUGCCAAGGAUCAGUCUGUAGGACUCCCAAAACAACCAGCUUCUUCAGAAUCAAGCAGCAAUCAAAAAAACAGUGCUACUUUACCAGUCUUUCAGGGUUUUGGAGACAAAUUUAAAGUGGCAGCAGGGACAUGGGAUUGUGAUACCUGUUUAGUACAGAACAAGCCUGAUGUUACAAAAUGUGUAGCAUGUGACACCCCAAAGCCAGGGACUGGAGUUAAAGCUGCCCUGCUUUUACCUCCUGUGACUACGGAAAAAUCAACUACUUCUCAAUUUGGCCUUGGACAAGCUUCUACAGGCUUCCAGUUUGAUGACAAAUUCAAAAAACCCGUAGGAUCUUGGGAAUGUACAGUGUGCUGUGUGCAAAAUAAAGCAGAUGAUGUGAAAUGUAUAGCUUGUACAUCAGAUAAACCAGGUAAGUCUUCUCAGAUUAAUUCUUUAUAAUAGUUUUAAACACCAUGAAAAAAAUUAAAGGGCUACUCUGAACACCCCAAAAAUGGUUUAUUGAAGCUGUUUGUGUUUGGUUUUACAGCCUUAGCCAUACCUCAUCUGGCUGUGACAAGUUGUUUAAUUUUCAAUCACGUGCCGGCACAGUUUGUUCACUUUAGAAGUUUGUAUCUCCUCCUCUGUUAAUUGAACUUUAAUCACACACAGAGGAGGCUCUAGCUGGCAAAUAGUGCAGGAGAUAAUAAAUGCUAAGUUAAACACAUGGUGUAAUAAAGGAAGUUUUAAAAUUAGAGUUCUCUUUAUAGGAAAUCUGCAGGGAGACUCAGUGAUUUUUAACUCCUAAAUGCAGUUGGACAUCAGGGGCAUGAUCUAUACACAAAACCACUCCAUUAAGCUAAAGUUGUUUUGGUGCUUAUGGUGUCCCUUAAGUUGGGGUUUUUGCAUUGAGAUCCCUUGUGCCCAUCAUUAAUCAAAUUAUUUUGAAAAGCAAACCUUUCUGGGACAGUUGUGUAGUAUUUAGUUUUUGUUUGUAAAAAGGAAAAAAAAAUGUAAAAACAAACCAUUUCCAGUUGAGGAGCUCCUUUAGGGAAGCAGAUUCAUUUUGUAAAGGCCAGUGUUUAAAACACAAAAUAUAAUCCCAGUUAGACUUUUCUAGUAACCAGUGUACUUGCACUUAAUCCAAAAGCUAAAGUUUCUCAAAUAUUCAGGAGACCUUAACUUAAGCAAUUGUGGAUCUUCAGUUUCACUCUUGUGAAUUUUCACCAGGUUUACUCCUCAUUUUAAAUGUAUGGAAUACCUGGAUAGGUUUAUUGUAUAUCUACAAAUGCAAGGUUGCCAGAUAUGACCAUUUUGUUAUUUGUUUGCAAAAAAAAUUUUUUUUUAAAUGUCUAAUAAACCUUUUAGAUUAAAUGACUACCAAUGGAUAAAUACAAUUUUAUAUUGCAUUUUUAUGGUCAACAUUGUUUAGAAAAGAUUUUUGUAUAGGUUCUAUAGGUAGUUCUUAGUCUGCUGGGGCAGCACAGAUGUGUCCUUGGGACAAUUCUAUGUCACAUGCUUUUUGGGACACAUUUUGCCUCAUUUGGCUUCCAAAGUCCAUUUACUCUUGAGGCUUUUCCUCCCUUCCAGUAAAACCUACACUGCGGGCCUCUGUGUUCCACCAGUGUUUGAAUAGUGCUGUUUCUGCGUAGCGGCUGGGGUAAUUGGCAAUUAUAUCUAGGAGACCCGCAAAGACUGUGUUGCAUUCCUCUGAAAUCUCACAGUGCAUGUCCACAAAAGAUUUCUGUAAUUUUUUUCAAAAAUUUUACCUUUGGAACGCAAUUUACAUACUUCUCAGAUUUCCCAGCACUGGGAGCAAGUCAGCAGACUACAGGGAGCCACACUUUAAGACUUAAGUAUAUUUCUUAGUUUCAUCUCUUAUUGGAAUUGUACGAUGCUUAAGUUUGACUUUACUUGAUUUCUUCUAGUUCAGUGGUGGCUAACCUUGACACCAUAAAUUGUUUCUGGACUACAUUUCCAAUGAUGCUCUGAUGCUCAGCUAGCUUUUAGUCUAUCAUGGGAAAUGUAGUCCAGAAACAAUUUAUGGUGUCAAGGUUAGCCAUCACUGUUCUAGUUGUCUAAUCCAGUGGAAUUGCCAAAACAACUCGAAAGUGGCUUUCAAAAUUAUUUGUCCUGAGCUUCAUGUACUUUUUUAUAACUUAAAAACAAAAAUUGUACUGCAGCAUAUUUUAAAAUGAUCUUUGAGAUGCCCAAUAGGAAAAAUACGAUGAAAGCAUACAUUAUCUCUAAUAUUCAACAAAUGUUUGCGGAAGAACAGAAUGGUUACUUUUAAUACAUUUCCUUUCUCUGGAAUUAGAUUCAUCAAGGAAGUGGUCUUAAAGUGGGUCUGUCACCUCAAGCUUACCUUUCUCCUAUUGUUUCCUUUCACUUCCUUUUUUAGAAUCUGUUCUUUUUUUAAUUUCUGGUCUAUUUUUCUUUAAAACAUCAAAUUAGGGACCACUUUGUCUUAUGUAGUUUUCCUACGUUUGACAAUUUUGUCAAGAUUGCCAAAUGUAGGAAAAAUACAUAAGCCAAAGUAGUACCUAAUUUGUCUGAUGCUUUUAAAGAGAAAAAGAUUGGAAAAUGAGAGCCAAUUCUAAAAGAGGAAGAGAAGAGGGAACAAUAGGAGAAAGGCAAGUUUCAGAUGCCAUUAUAACUGUGGGGGAGCAGGGCAGAUCAGGAAGUUCCAGAAGGUGUAAAGCCUUUCCUUACAUCCAAAAUUAAUCCAGCUAAAUUAGAAUGUGGAUGGAUCCUGAAAAAUGUGCAAACUUUAGGUUUAAGCUUAAGAUUUGUACUUGGUGCUCAAGGUUUGUGUGGCAGUGGCUUAAAGGACCACUAUAGUGCCCUGAGGGUGCCCCCACCCUCAGGGACCCCCUCACGCCCGGCUCUGGAAGGGGGAAAGGGUUAAAAACUUACCUUUUUCCAGCGCUGGGCGGAGAGCUCUCCUCCUCCGUUCCUCCUCCUGGGCUGAAUGCGCACGCGCAGCAAGAGCUGCGCGCGCAUUCAGCCCGUCGCAUAGGAAAGCAUUCUCAAUGCUUUCCUAUGGACGCUGGCGUGCUCUCACUGUGAAAAUCACAGUGAGAAGCACGCAAGCGCCUCUAGUGGCUGUCAAUGAGACAGCCACUAGAGGAUUAGGGGGAAGGCUUAACCCAUUCAUAAACCUAGCAGUUUCUCUGAAACUACUAUGUUUAUAAAAAAAAAAAAUGGGUUAACCCUAGAAGGACCUGGCACCCAGACCACUUCAUUAAGCUGAAGUGGUCUGGGUGCCUACAGUGGUCCUUUAACUAUCUAAAGAGGAGGAAAAAAUUUAACCAAUUCUCCUAUAAGCAAUUCAGUAGGAUUAAAGGAACUAACACAAUAUUUCCCUUCAGUUAGUCAUGUCCUCAAUUGCUGGAGCCUCGCUCUGGCUGCUUUUCUUGGCAAAUUUAUGGAAAGUGGCUAAUUUUCUCAGGAAUGGACAGUUGGCUUAAAGAUUUGUGUGGCUCCCUAUAAAGGUGGCCCUGAAGCUUGCAUCUGGAAAUAUUGGGGUUUCUGCAGUGGGCUGCAGAGCCAUUUGGCUGUAUUCUAGGGCAAAAAACAUAGCUUCGGUACAAAAAUCUAUUUGUGACCAAGGUUUUGAGAUGGAAUUACUGGCAGCCUCACUGAGUGAAUUGAUCAAACAAAUGGCUGACUUUACCUCAGAGCAAGAUGAAGUCUGGAUCGACCCGUUCUUCAAGCGCAAACCUUCUAAACAGGACUACUUUCCUGGAAGCUCUAGAGCAGUGAUGCCUUAGGUUGCCGGGUGAAAGGGUUGCUGGUGCCAGUCGGCAGCAGUGCAGGGUAGGCACCUACUCUGCUUUUGUGUCAGGAGGACCUGUAGGCAGGGGGAGGAAUCUGGGAAGCAGCUCUCCUGUCCUCCCGCGAGCAGGGUGUGUGGCACCACGGCAAUGCUCCACACAGAAUUGCGUGGGAGGACAGGUGAGCUGCAGAGGCACAUACCACCAGGGCUGGCUGUGUCCCCCCUCCUUCACAUAAGAGGGUAAGAGGGGAGGGGGGGAAUAAAUACUUCAUGUAUCUUUACCAACCCCCCCAACACGCACACAGCACCCCUACCCCCCCUCCCCCCCCCCGGACUGUGUGUGUGUUUGUGUGGCGGACUGUGUGUGUGUGUUUGUGUGGCGGACUGUGUGUGUGUGUUUGUGUGGCGGACUGUGUGUGUGUGUUUGUGUGGCGGACUGUGUGUGUGUGUUUGUGUGGCGGACUGUGUGUGUGUGUUUGUGUGGCGGACUGUGUGUGUGUGUUUGUGUGGCGGACUGUGUGUGUGUUUGUGUGUGGACUGUGUGUGUGUGUGUGGUUGUGUGUGUGUGUGUGUGGGGGCGGAUUGUGUGUGUGUGUGUGUGGUGGACUGUGUGUGUGGCUGUGGGGGACUGUGUGUGUGUGGGGUGGGACUGUGUGUGUGUGGGGCGGACUGUGUGUGUGUGUGGAGGACUGUGUGUGUGUGUGGGGGACUGUGUGUGUGUGCUGUGUGUGUGGGGGACUGUGUGUGUGGGCGGACUGUGUGUGUGUGUGGGGGACUGUGUGUGUGUGUGGGACUGUGUGUGUGGGGGACUGUGUGUGUGUGGUGGGGCUGUGUGUGUGUGUGUGGGGGACUGUGUGUGUGUGGGGGACUGUGUGUGUGGGAGGACUGUGUGUGUGUGGGGGGGCGGACUGUGGGGCAUUUGUUGGAGAUACUACUAAAUAUAAUAAUUUUAUCUAUUUAUAUCAUUUAAAAUUUGUAUCGUUGAACUCUGCUGUGUUCUGCUUUAAAAAAAAAAGUUAAUUAGUUCGGAAAACUGUAAGAGUUGUUUUUUCUAAACUUAAACCUCACUAUUAAGGUUUAAUUGCCAUGUUGGCACUUUGAGGGGGAAAAAGUUGGCAUUUAUUGCGGUUUGGGCACUCAGGCUCAAAAAAGUUUGCCAUCACUGCUCUAGAGCUUCCUAGACAAAUUUUUGAUGUCUUAUCAAAAUCAUGAAAACCUUUAUUUUCAACCUUCUAACAACCAACAAACUGUGAUUGUCAGUUUACUAGUCCUUCUAUGACAGCACUAACCCUAUGCCAGCUUAGAAACCAGGUGUCUGUACAUGAGCAAGCUGUUCACUGCAUACAUACCUAAUUUAAAUCUGUUUUUCCAUAGGAACAUCUCCUGCAAAUAAGAAAUCUCUCGUGACAGAGGCACCCAAGUUAGGAUUGUUGGAUCAGUUUAAGAAGCCUUCAGGAAGCUGGGAUUGUGACGUGUGUUUAGUACAAAACAAGGGUGAAGCUACCAAAUGUGUAGCGUGUGAGAGUGCCAAACCAGGCAGAAAAUCUGAACAAAAAGGUGGGCACUAACUUGUCUCUUUAUGGGGGCAAAAACUACAGUAGCUCUGGAAAUAAACGUUGCUUAAAGCACCUACAUUGUUCAUUUUCAGUUUUGUUUUUUUUUUGUAUGCAAGUUAUAUCGGUUUUCUCCCAGGAAUGACAAUGGUGGGGAAACAAAAUGUCUGUUUGGAUUUGUAUGAAGAGGAAAGCUUGCUGGGGGACAAAACUGUCUUUGUAUGCUCUUGUCCUCCCUUUCAGGUAUCCCAUUGUGAAAUAUUUCACCAAUAGAUUAUGGAAAUCCAUACCUCACAUACUGUUAUUAGAUGCGUCCAUGUAAUGUUUGUUACUGGUAAAGUACCAUCUAAUAUGAUCUUUACGUUAGAAAAUCUAACAGAUUAUGUAAAACUCAAUUUCCUCCCUAGUUGUAAAGUGUAAAAAGACACAUUUAGAGCCUAAAUAUUCUAGUAUGUGAUGGGCUUUCUUUUUAACUGUCCACUGGUGGAGACUGGCAGAGAUCAUCCUCUAGAUCGCUUGUUAGUCACUAACCUUCAACUCUGUAAAAUUACUAAUUACUCCGUGUCCCUUUAUCAUUGUGUUUUUUCUUUCUCCAAUCUUAAUAAUGUCUUUGUAUUUAAAUGUUGAACAAUCUUUCCCAUGUAUUCUUUUUUCCCACCUUAACAGUUAAGUAGUUUAUCCUACUGAUCACCUAAAUGCAAAAUGAGGACCAUUAACUUGUAACAGCUACCUAUUAUGAAUGUGUUUGAGAGAUGAACUCAGUCACUCACUAGUCUUUGUUUCUUGAAGUACUGUACGAUAUGUACUGCUGGAGAGUCAGUAGUAGGCCCUGUUCAUUUCAAGGUGAAGAAAGCAACUUCUCACCAAACACAGCUAGGAUUGCUGCCUCGCUGGCUGAAGGGAAGUCUUGAGCUGCAUACUAAAUUCAGGUUUUACAGAUUAUCUGGUUUGUUUUUUCUUUACAACACAUACGGUAUAUCCUCUGCACACUAGGUCAUUAUAAGCAGUGAGGGUGCAUUCCACUUUUUACUAGUUCAAUAGAGACCUGAAUGUUCUAAUGAACGUAUCUUGCAAAGUAUGAUUAUUUUUUAAUACAGUGCAAGAAUGGGUCACGGUAGUUUUUAAAAUAUAAGAAUGUUGCCAGCCAAAUGCCAUGUACAGAAUGUUGGUCCUUGUCAAUCUAUGUUCUCGCACUUCAGACUGUGUGUGUGUGUGUGUGUGUGUGUGUGUGUGUGGCCUGCUCCACUGUAAUUAUUUUUUUUUUAAAUGGUAUUAUCUUUGUAAGCCUUUACUGUCAUCUUUGUUUUUCCCUUUUUUGCUCCAAAAAUAGUUCAUUACUAAACUACGAGAUGACAAAUGUAACACAGCUCCCAUACACUUGCUGUGCUACUAAAAUUAAUAAACUAGAACAGUGCUUUUGAAAGUAAGAAAAUCAGAUUAGCUUUGUUAGAACUACAUAAACUCUAAAGCCUGUUGAUUUGUAGAAAAUGUAAGAGUUGUGGGGGUGGUUUCAGGUGUUUUGUGUUUGUGCUUUUUAGUAAUUUUUUUGUUUUCUGUUGGUUUUGUUAGGUUUUGCAUCUCCAUCCAUUUCCUCUGGGUCUCCCGCUCCAUCCUUUAAGUUUGGAUUACAGUCUUCAAGCAAUACAGACUUUACCCCUAGCACAAAUGCUCCUUCUGUUGGAUUUUCUUUCCCAAAAGUUACUGGGGACUUUAAAUUUGGUAUAGCAUCCUCUGCUGCUAAGGCAGCUGAUGAAAAGAAAGAUACUGGCUUUUCAUUUGGAAGCACCAUUGCCACAAGUAAUCCAGUAUCAGGAUUUCAGUUUGGUACUAGUAUUCCUGCCUCCACUGACAAGGAAGGCAUAAAUAAGUCUGUGACAAGUGGUUUCUCUUUUGGAACUACAUCCAGUAUUGCUGCUUCAUCUACUGCUACAGAGAGUUCAGUGAGCUCUGGCAUACAAAGCCAGCUUACAAAAGACAAGUCCUGUUUGCCACUCACUUUUGGAACAAAAGAAUCUGACAAAAAAAAUGAAACACCUGCUGUAAGCUUUUCUUUUGGCAAGGUAGAACAAAAUAAGGAAGCACCGUCUUCUUUUGUUUUUGGAAGAAAAGAUGAAAAGCCAGACUCUACUACAACAGGACAGUCACUGCUUUUUGGCAAGAAAAGUGAGGGGGAUGAACCAAAUCAGUUUGCGUUUGGAAAAUCAGAGCAAACCAAAGACAAUAAUCCAACACCACCCACAUUUGCAUUUGGUGUGUCUAAGCCUGUAGAGGUAGAGAAGAAUGAUGCUGAUAAGACUGCAAAACCACUCUUUCCCUUUGGCUCUCAACCCGGCACCACAACAGGUAAGUGUUGACAUAAAGUAGUAAACCUUUGCCUCCUGGGGAGACUAUUUCCAUUAAAAUAUUUGGGAAAUUAGUUAAAAUAUUCAGUCAAAAUCAUAUACCAUUCUUCCCUUACUCACAUUAACAUCUGGUAUUUGCAGAAACAGGCUGCGCUUCCCAUUUUAUAGUUCUUUAAAGGAAAACUCCAAGCACCAUAACCACAAGAUGCAAGGAAUAUCCUGGUGCCCCAAAAUGUAAGCAUUCAAACCUCUUAAGAACAGUAUAACCUCUUACCUGGAGUUCACCAGGCACUUCUCCUAGCCUCAAUCCCAGCUUGAAGCUCUCUGCUUGAGCCAAGCGUAGUGGCUGUCAGCCAAUGAGCUGGCCAUGCACUUUGAGGUUUGGCUCAGGUGAGCACUUAAACUCCUAGGUAGUUUCAACGCUCAUUGUAGCUGAGAGGAAGCCAGGAGCGACACCUGGUGAAACCCAGGUUAGAAGUCAAACUGUCCUACGAUGCACUGUAGAGGUAAUGGUGCUUGGUUUGUUCCUUUUUAAAUGCGAUUAAUUUCAAUUCAAAGUUAACUCCCAAUUACUUGGAAAGAGAAGCAAGUUAAAGGGACAUGCAUCACGUAAUUUAAAAUAAAUAAAUAAAUUUAAACGCAAAUUAAAACAAGAAAAACUUUGUAAUGUUUAUAAAUGUCAGAUUUCAUUUUACUGCAAGAUGAAGAAAUCUUCCAACUGUACAUGUGGAAAUUUGUCAGUCAGGCCCAGGGCACCUUUGCAUUCCUAGCGAUGGGAUAUUGAUCUGUGAUCCCCAUGGAGUGGGUGUGGAGAACAUAAGAAAGAAGCAAAUAAAAAUUGAAAAAAUGAAAUCAUUUUCCUGCAGAUUAAGGCAACAAUCUUUUAAAUGAGACAUUUGUCUCAAAAUGAUACAUGUCCCUUUGAUUACUAUUUAUUUUCUUCUCCAUGUUUCCUAGGCUGACUUAUUUUUUUUUUUUAUUUUUUUUGUCUUCCCUCCUUAUCUUCUUCAUUUUGUAUCAAAACUAUGACAAAGAGGUCAGUAGCGUAAUAGCUGCUAAUAUAACAUGCGUAGAUGCUGUGAGCCAGUUGCAUGCAUGUGUUUAUCAGUUUGUUGUCAAACCAUGGCAGCCAAUAAAUCUCUAGAGGCAUCAAAACCACUAAAUCUUAAAGGGACACUAUAGUCACCAGAACAAAUACAGCUUAAUAUAGUUUGUUCUAGUGAGUAUAAUUAUUGCCUUCAGGCAUUUUCAUGUAAAGACUGCCUUUUCAGAGAAAAGGCUGUGUUUACAUUGCCCCUAGGGACACCUCUAGAUGGCCACUGGAGGGGCUUCCUGGCUCAGGCUGCACAGUAAACAGCUCUUGGUUCAGUGCAUCUCUGAGGAGGUGCUGAUUGGCCCCGCUCCUUGCCGAUUCUACUCAAUCCAAUGUUUUCACCAUGGGAAAGCAUUAGGAUGGCCAAAAAUCGGAAAUUUUGAGGUCAAGGGGGCAGGGCCAGCGCCGAGUUUUAACCCAUUCUGAGGGUGUUAAAGGGGAAGGGUAAGGCAAGCCACCUAAAUGGGGGGUUUUCACUAUAGGGUCAGAAAUACAAGUUUGUGUUUCUGACCCUAUAGUGAUCCUUUAAUUUUGGUGCAUAGAGGCUGUCACUAUGGUCUGACAAAUGUAAGCAUUGUUGUUUGUCAGAAAAUUAAGUUUUUUUUUAAAUUUGUUGGCCAGCAUACCUCUAGUGGCUUUUCCUAGUGCAGACUUUCAAUUGUGAAGUAUUCUGUUUUGGCUUAAUCACACCUUGCAGGGCCAUAUUUCCCAUUAGGCAGAGUAGGUGUCUUUUUUCAGCACUUAUGAUGUGCAUUUUUUAACUUAAAUAGGCUGGUGGGGAUAUAGAAAUAACUGGAGCCUCCUUAGUCCAGUCAGCCUUAAUAACAGAGCUGCAGGUACAGUUUGACAUUGUGUAAAACUCAGUGCUGUUCCAUCGUCUCCAGUUUGUGUGCAAGGCUGGACAGGAAGAGUAAGGGAUCACUUCCAAUCUGCCCACUAGUAACUGCCAGGGAUGCACCGAAAUGAAAAUUCUGGGCUGAAACCAAAAAUUCAGGAUGCCCUUGACCGGAAACAGAAAAUGUUUUGUUUUUUUUGUUGUUUUGGUUGGUUUGUUGUUUUUUUCUCGAUUUUUUUUUUUUUUUUUUUUUUUUUUUUAAGUAGUUUUUUUUUUUCCUAUAAUUUUAUUAAAAUUAGACUUUUUAAAAGAAUUUAAUCUAAUAUAAAAACUUCCCUUCUCCUCUCUUCCCCCCCAUCACCUGUUUCCCCCCCUGUCUGUGUUCUUUUCCCCCAUCCCUGUCUCAGUGUUCUUUCCCCCAUCCCCUGUCUCAGUGUUCUUUUCCCCCAUCCCUGUCUCAAUUUCUUUUCCCCAUCCCUGUCUCCGUGAUAUUCUUUCCCCCCAUCUCCUGUCUCAGUGUUCUUUUCCCCGUCCCUGGGGUUGUUCUUUUCCCCGUCCCCUUAACCGAUUGUUCUUUUCCCCGUCCCUGUCUCUUUUCCCCCGUCCCCUGUCUCGGUGUUCUUUUCCCCCGUCCCCUGUCUCGGUGUUCUUUUCCCCCGUCCCCUGUCGCACAGUGCCCCUCUCUCUCUCCUCCUUGGUCCCCGGUUUGUCUCCUAGUAGCGUGGCCAGGCAGAGCGCACCGCAGUACACAAACUUAUUUUUCCUGCACCCGGCCGGGCUGACAGGAAGUGCUCUCUGUGAGCACCUACUUUCAGUUCGGCCAGGUACAGGAAAAAUAAGUUCCUGUACAGCUGUGCGCACCCCCGGGCCGGUGCACUCUAAGGCGCCCGCUUGUGCCGUCUUAUGGACGCGCUGGCCCACUCAUUCAUUAUCAGUAUUGCCGGUGAAUAUCGUCUGAUACCGAUACUUUAAAAAAAAAAAAAAAAAAAUUCUGAAUAUCUGCCAAUAAUCUGUCGAUCCCUACUGGGGUCACCUUAGAACGUGCAAAUCUUGCACUGACACCCAGCAUGACUUUAAAAGCUGGAGAUGCUUAUCUAUGAGAAGUACCGGAUUGCUGCAACAUGGCAGUUGCUGUAAAUGUGCUGCUGGUCCUCGGUAUUUCACUGUGAAUAUAAUAAUUAGAACAGGGGUCCAUAAACUACGGCCCAUGGGCCGGAUCUGACUCUCUAUGGUCCAGAACCCAGCCCAAGCACUCAGGGCCACCUGAUGGGCCCUAUAUCUUCAGGGGCCCGGUCAGCGCUGCGGCCGUGCAAUAGAGUGACCGGGCCCCUUUAAAAAAAAAUAAUAAAUUUGCGGCCGCAAAUUAGUGCUGGGAGGAAGUGACAUGCCGACUCCUAUUAGCCACAGCCACCCUCCUGCAAAAAAAGUAAGCAAAAUUAGCGGUCAGUCUGUGUAUUUAUGUCCCUAUGCGCAGUGUGCAUAGGAAUUCGCUAAUAUUUUUUAAUGUCUGGCCCCCAACAGUGUCUGAGGGACCUGGCCCCCUGUUUAAAAAGUUUGAGGAUCCCUGAAUUAGAUGGUACACUCUAACAUUAUGAAUGCGUUUAAUUUGAGUAAAUUAAUCUUCUGUUUGACCUUUAUAUUCUUUCAUAUAGAAUCUGCUGCUGGUAAAAUUGAUUUGAAUUAAAUAGACAAUAUAGGCACCAGAACAUCAUCUGCUUAAUGUUGUGGUUCUGGGGCAAAUACCAUGCGCAUUAAACAGUGUAAACACUGCAUUUUCUGACAAAGCUGUGUUACUUCUUCCUAAUGCCACCUCUAGUGGCUGUCACUUUUACUUUUUGGUUGAGGUCUUGCAAAGAUUGCAGGACUGACCUUUGGUAUCUCUACGCAUUGUGUAGAGAUGCUGAAUACCCCCCUUAGAGAUUCAUUGAGUCAAUGCAUCUCUAUGAGGAGAUUCUGAUUUGUGCUCACUAGCCUAUGGUGAAGCAUUGGGUUGGCUGAGGUCAUCCGUACUGAUGUCUCGGCCAGCGAGGAGUGGCGGCUACAGCAAGACCAGAGCGCUAGGGGAAGUUAAGGGAAGUAAAAAGCUUUGGAUUUAAGUUUAGUCCCGAUAUCUAAACAGUUAGUAUAGGAUCAUUAUAGGGUCAGGAACACAAACCUGUAUUCUUGACCCUAUAGGGUUAAAACCACCAUCUAGCCCCCCUGGGCCCCUCAUGCCUCCAUAAAUAUAGCAACAUCUUACUGUAUUCAAGCCAGAAGCUGUAGAUCUGCAUGCUGUUUGCCUAAAAAGCAAAACAAAAGAGUCUGCUGACAUCAUAAUUGGUGGCCUGAUCCAAUCACAAUGCUUCCCCAUAGGAGUGGCUGAGACUGACAAUGAGGCAGAUCAGGGGCAGAGCCAGCAUGAUUCAAACACAGCCCUUGCCAAUCAGCAUCUCCUCAUAGAGAUUAAUUGAAUCAAUGAAUCUCUAUGAGGAAAGUUCAGUGUCUGCAUGCAGAGGGAGGAGAUACUGAAUGUUUGGAUGUAUUUUAGGCAGCCAUGACCCAGGAAGGAUCUCUAACAGCCAUCUGAGGAGUGGCCAGUGAAGUUAUCACUAGGCUGUAAUGUAAACACUGCAUUUUCUAUGAAAAGAUAGUGCUUACAGCAAAAAGCAUGAAGGUAAUGAUUCUACUCACCAGAACAAAUUCAAUACGCUGUAGUUGUUCUGGUGACUAGAGUGUCCCUUUAAAAAAAAUAAAGUGCACCCAUAUUAUACAGUACAUAGGUUUAUGUCUCAGAACUUCAAUUGCCCUAAGUAAUUUUAAAUAUAUCUGAGCUUGGGCGUAUCCCAAGUGUGAAUAGUACAAUUCACACUAUCCGGGUUUAUUCACUAAAGUGGGAAUUGCAAAUGUUAAGACAAAAUAGCCAAAUUUGAAGCAUGGCUGAAUUUUUAAAUUAAGGCCAAAACAGCACAUUUUCGAAUUCACUUUGAAAUCUUGCUUCAUUGAAUAACCCUGUAUGUGGAAGCAUGCACAAUGCUUCAAUGUUGGCAUAACGUAUUUAAACCGUAAAUGAAGUAAACCUGCAUAUGUUGAUUUGUUUUUCUGAGCCACUCAGUACAGACUUUAUGAAGUGGGUUGCUGUGCCGAUAUGCAGUAAAUAAAAUCUGUGAUCUAAGCAAAGGAUGUAUUCGUAUUCAGAUUUUAAAAUGUGUAAAAAAAAAAAAAAAAAAAUAAUAAAACAAUUUAAAAAUCAGUCUAAAGCUUUUAUUAGAAAUGGCCCAUAUGAUAUUGCUGUAUUUCUUGUACACUUUAUAUAUAAAUUGUUUUACCCGUAUUUUUGUAUAUCUUCAUUUGUUAUAUUAAGAAUUUGUCCUAGCUUUGACUUUUUUUUUAUUUUAUUUUUUUUAUUUAAUAUUUCUAGAUGCUGGAGCAUCAAAGCAAACAUUCAGUUUUAUGAGCAGUGGUUCCACCAGUGGUGUUCAGCAGAGUUCAGCAAUCUCUAGCAGUUUAUAUGGUAUUACUGCUCCAUCUAGUACGCCCGUGAAUCCCAGUGGUGUGUUUGGCAGUGCUGCUCAGACAAGCGCCCCUGCAGGUUCUGGCAGUGUGUUUGGAAGUGCAGCUCCAUCAGGUGCCUCCACGAACUCAGGCAGUGUAUUUGGAAGCUCUGUAGCACCUGGUGCUUCUUCCAGCUCUGGUAAUGUAUUUGGCAGCGUUGUCCCAACUACAACUGCUGCAAGCUCUACCAGUGUGUUUGGCAGUGCAGCUACUUUGAAUGCCUCUGCAAGUUCAGUCAUGUUCAGUGGUGCCGCCCCUGCUAGCACUACCAGUUCUAGUAGUGUGUUUGGUAAUACAGCCCCUACAAGCACUUCGGCAAACUCAAACAGCAUGUUUGGAAACUCUGGAGCAGUCAACAAUCCCACAGGAUCAUUUGUCUUUGGCCAGCCCACCAGCACUGCGGGUGGUUCUGUUUUUGGCAACACAGCUGAAUCAAAGCCAGCCUUUGUGUUUGCUGGUUCGGAAAGUAAGCCAGCGACAGCCACCAGCACAGCUGCUUCUGCUACUCCAUUUGUCUUUGGAGCAGGUACCACCAGCACAGUGUCUACAACACCAGGCUUCAACUUUGGAGCAACAAACACAUCAAAUGCUCUAGGUAUGAAAGACACUUGAUCACCAAAAUAAUGACCUGUGCAUUAGUCGUUGAUGCAAAUAGUGUAUUCCACUAGAAAGUUGUGUUUUUUUUUUGUUUGUUUUUUUGUAAGAUCGGAAGCUUUAUUACCACCAACCUUCACCUCUGUUAUUCUGAAUGUAAAAAUGCCAUGGAUUGCUUUUGGUUAUUUACCUUUGUUAAAUGUAAUGUGUAUAUAUGUAUUAUUUCUGACAAAUAGCAAGGUUUCCAAACAGUUUACAUAUUGGUCUGCAUACUAAAUUGUCAUGGCUAGUCAAGUUUUACUUUCACUUGUAUUUAUACUGUACUACUCUUCACGUGUGAUUUUUUUAUUUUAUUUAUUUAUUAUUUUUUUUUAUUAACAUAUUCUUCAACCAAACUAGAGAAAUGUUGACUAAUUAGACAUAUUCCACAAUGUGGGUGCUAAUUCUUGUUUUCCAUUUCUUCCCAGGCACAAGCUCCUCUCCGUUUAUAUUUGGUGGUCCAACUCCUCCUGCUCCCAGUGGACUGCCAGCCUCCAACCCUGUGCCAGCAUUUGGGGCCAACCAGUCUGCUACUCCUGUUUUCGGCACUUCAUCAACAACGUCCUUGUUUCCAGCUAGUUCUCAAUCUGUGCCAGGCUUUGGCUCCCUAACUAGCUCUGCCCAGCCCCCUAUGUUUGGCCAGCAAGCGACCCAACCUGCUUUUGGAUCUAGUACAGCUCCUGCUGCUGGUAAGUGAGACUGUUUGGCCUAGUCUGUUGUCAGAUUGUAUCUAUCCUAUGCAUAUCCAUGCUGUUAUAUAUGUUAAACUAAUGGCAUUUUAGUUGGGUAGAAAGCACCUUGACACACACAUUCUGUGUAAAAGAGGGUAAGCCUGUGUGUACUGUGCAUUUACGUUUACUGUAUACAUAAUGUUUACAGUAGAUGUAACCAGUGUACACACCACUCUGACAGUAAAAUUGGACAGCUUAGUACAGUACUAAUUAUUUUUUUAAUAUUUAACUAUGUAGAUCACAAUACGUUGUCACAGACCACACUACCAAGCAUGCCCAUGACUGUGUUCUGUUGGUUAAUGGGUUAAAAUGUUAUUUGUCUGCAUUACAAUAAUGGUUACACCGCCCAAGCUUAACUCUAGUUUUAAAAGCUGCCUCUACCAAGGCAUUUUAUAAAUUAGCCCAUUUGGUUGCAUCAAUCUUGACGAUCUCAUGUCAAGUCCUGUUAUAAAGGGAGGUUUACUAUGAACAAAAAUAAUCACUGUGCAUACAUAGAAAACAAAUGAUUUACACCAACAAACCAUUAUAAAAACAAGAUAACAGAAAAUCCUUAUUACUGGCAUUGCUAGUACAGUAAUUGCUCUCUACCUGGUGAGUACCAGUAGGGAAAUUGGCAACUCAAAACUAGAUUUGACUAUCAGGCAAUCACGUGGCUCAUUUACAUGUCAUAGUUUUUAUAUUCUUGGUGUCCAUCUCAAUCUACAAACUGGCCCUGAAGAAAAGGUACAGGCCAGAGGGUAUGCAUAAAUCUAGGAAUUCCAGGUGGAUUACACCUCCCCUCUCGCAUAUGGGCCAAUUUAAACCCUAAAUUCUCUAUGAAUAGCUUAAGAUUUUUUUUUAUCACUUACUCUGUGCCAAUCUGAGAAGUUAUUUUUUGUGACCUAAUGACUUACUAAAGCAGUCUACACCAGUUCCCCUAUAUGUUCUAUGGUACACUAGUCCUGCUUGGACCUCAUUUUUAGGACAAACUUUCACCAUUCUGAAUAUUUAUAAAGUUGAAUUGGUGGACAGCCACACAGAUCUACAGCGUGUGAAGGAGAUCGCCCGAUCAUGUUGUGAUCACACAGCUCUAUAGUGUGUAGGGUAAAUCCUUCUGAUGUCAGAAUGGGCAUAGGCUUGGGUUAGAGUUAGGUUAGAGGGUUAGAUUCAGAAUUAAUGCCCAAAGUUGUCACUGUUUAGUAUAUCAACAUCACUAAUAGUGUCACUUCACCAAAUGUAUGGAUGUAUUUUUCCUGUCCUGUGGUGGCAGUACCAUAUAGUAUUGUCAUCUAUAGGACAAGUAGCCAGAAUCCUGUUAUGAAGAAAAUUCAUUCCCCUCCCACCAUUCCCUUAUUUGGCGAUACUCACGCGUCCCCUUCGGUUUAUGCCUGUCCCGUGAAUAGGACACACAAUACUGAGGAACUCUGGAAGAGCUGAGAACACCAGUGCAGUUGAUGUGCAGACACAGGCUGUUGCUGAACAAUGCAGAGCAUAUUAACACCCAGGUGGUUGUAUGAUUGUCCACUUGUUUCUUACUUUAACAUUGUAUGUCUGCUAAGGCAGACAUUACCUGGCAAUCCAGCAGAGAACGUUGGUGGAUGGUGUUUUCAUUAAUUAUGCUGGUAAGGGCAGACAUUACAGGUUCCUGAAGCACCUUUUAAGGGUGCCUGCUGCAGUUGUACUCGAGGAUUGCAUCAGAAUGUAAAUAUGACGACCUUACUGUAGUUUGAUACAGUUUUUGAAACUAUCUAUGGAAACUAAAUGUAUUUUGGAAAACAAAACUAAAGAUAGCCAGGUUUGUGAUAAAAUGGUUAAAUCGAUUGUCUAAUGCUCUUAAGUAUCCUAAGGUGUCUACUUUCCACAAAUCUUUACUUUUGUGUAGAGGUUUUGGAUUCAGAAUACCACAUUUUAUGAAGGUUUAGCUUUACAACAGUAAUUCACGUCUGCUCGCUGAAGUGCUUCUUGACUCUGUUAACCAGUUUAUAGAAGUACUGCUUUCAAUGGAAAAAAAAAUCAUAAUUUUUAUAACUGGGCGCCAAAACUCCUCUAUGGCUGUCACUUGCAGCCAGAGAUAUUUUCUUCCUCUACCUUUCCCUCCUCAAAUAUAGCAGUAGAUGCAGCUUAUUGAAAACCACUAGGAAGCUGCUGACCAAAAACAUUAUUUUCUUAAAUGGCUGUUUUUAUUGCCUUCAUAUACUUGUAUGGUAUCAUAAGAAAGCCCUAUUCCUUUACAAAAUAGAUACACAUACAUGCACCCGAGUAGAAAGUCUUAAAUUAUGGUUGAUUAAACGCACACAAAGUGCCAAAUUUGCCUGCGUGCAUGUGUAAAUUUUAGAAUGUCAUUUUUUUUUUUUUGUAUUGGCUUAUUUUUUUAAUUUCUACUGGUAUAGUAUAUUACAGUUAAUGCACUUAAGCUUCUUAAAACAUUAACCAUAUUUCAUACUGUCUUUUAGCCGCCCCUAGUUUCCAGUUUGGAGGCAAUACAAACUUCAACUUCGCUAGUGGAAGUUCCCCUGGUGGGGUGUUCACAUUUGGCUCCGGUUCAACAGGAUCCUCCUCACAGCCUUCAUCAUCAUCUGGCUUUGCCUUUAACCAGGCACCAACUUUUAACCAGGCCCCAGCCUUCAACAUGGGGUAAGUGCUGGCAAAUACUGGCAAUGUCUCUUAUCAGACUGUGAAUCCCCCAUAAUUAAAAAUACAAAAUGACGAUGGAAAAAAAAUGUUUAGAGAACAUGUUGGCCAUCUAGUGGCAAAUGUUAGGGAAUUCAGUCCAUGGCUAAAAUAGCAACAGUACUUUAUCUUCACAUAAUGUUUCUAUAUAUUCAUUUAAUAGAGAUAUCUAAACAUGUAGAUACAAAUUUUAAAUUUUAAUUUAUUUUUUUUAAUUUUAAAAACUACCUCUUUAACGCCAUGCUGUUGACCAUACACAGCUUACAGCUUCGUGACAAGGAAUUGUAAUUUUGCACUUGUUCAUGGUGGAGCAGGUCUGUCCACUUUUGGUAGAAGUAAACUAAAUCUAUGUAUAUCUUUUAACUUGUGCUUUCCUGGAGGAGAACUUGUUCAUGUAUAUGAAUUGUUUGCAUUAAUUCAGUAACUAAUCAGUAUAAAUGGGAAUGGUGAAAACACUGUACACACAGUUCACCUUUCUCAUGCUUGUAAGGUUUUAAUACAGAAAUUCCCAGUACAACAGAUGCUAAAAGAUAUUAAGCAGGCUAAAUAUUCAGCCACCAUAAAAAUAAAUAAAAUGCAUAUACAAAUAUUAAUUUGGAAAAUUUAGUUCCUUUUUUAAUUGCUCGAACAUCUAAGUACUGGGAGUUCCUCGUAGAGAUGCAUUAAGUACAGGAUUAAUAUUGCAUAGACUAAAGUAAAUUGGCACUUUUUUCACCGAGAUGUCGGCAUUUUGCAGUGUUAUAUGCUAUACGGUGUGUUUUAAGAAUGCACUUUAAUUGUUUUGUGAACUCCGUGGUACUCUGAUAUAUUUUCAACAAAUAUAUUAUUGAUCCUACCAGCAGCAUUAACACAUACAUUAUCAUCUCCUUUUCAGAGCCAAUGGAAGAAGUACUCCUGCAUCUACAAUAUCCAAUCGAAAGAUAAAAACUGCCCGGAGAAGGAAAUAAGUCAAAAUUUCAUGCAAAGACUUGCAGUUAUUACAACAAAUGGUUUCCUGCAUUGUGCAUAUACUGAAGUGAACCUCAUGCUGUGUUUAGUGGAAGUCAGAUCUGCCCAAGGACAUAUAUUACUGAAACAUUUACCUUUUUUUUUUUUUUUUUUUUUUUCUUCUAUUACUAAACCUUGGUGAUGGGAAGUUUCUUAAGCGAAAUAUCAGCUUACUGCAACCCCAUCACAACUUGGCAUGAUCUGGCUAUACAAGUGAAUAUAGCCUGCACAGUGAAUGGCUUUUGUAUAAUACCUCUUUCAUCUGCACCACUAUUUUAUCAGCGCUUUGAAGUUUUAAUUACCAGUGAGGGGAUCUGUAUACCGUAGAGAAUGAUGACUGAUUUCUAUGCUGCGUUUGUGCUGGUGUAUGUGUGAAAUUGAUUGUAUUGUGCUCCAAACCUUUUCUGAUAGAUGAUGAUUGAUUACAGGAUGGUCCCUGAACAGGAUUUGUUAGAUAUGUAGUACUACGGUCAAUAAAUAAAUGCGCUUUUUUUUUUUUUUUGCCUACCCUCUUUCUAGUUUCCCGUCACCCUUUUUCUUUUUUGUUUUAUGAUCUACGUGUAAAUAUAAUUUGUUUUUUGCUGCAUACUUUUCUGCAUAACCUGAAUCUGUGAACUUGAAUUUUAAUUUUUUUUGUUACAGCAAAUCUUUUUGUUUAGAAUGGUCUAAAAUUUUAUUGUGUAAAUCUCAUUAUUCAAAGUUGCCUAAUUCCAUAAUAAAAAUGUAGUCUUUAAAGAUAAUUGGGAAUUCUUUAAAGCAUUAGUUUAUUGGCUUUUCUGAUCCAUUUUUGUUUGGACCAAAAACCAGUAUUGUACAAAGUAUUAAGUAUAUAUUUUUAUAUUUACACAAAUGGACUGUGGUGACUUUGGAUAAUAAGUAAGUUUAAUAUUAAAGCCAUGUUUAUUACAGUAUAAUUAACAUGUUAAACCACGGGAUAAAUGCCAUCAAUAAAAUUAUGAAAUACAUUUUGUUUUAACUCUACCAAUAUGGAUUUCAAGCUCUUCCUGUUCUGUUCAAUUGAGCUAUUAUAUAGUUUUUACAAUGCAAAACCUUUGGUAGUUUGCACUUGCUACAAAACAAGCAAGACUAAUCUACUUUGUUUUGUGUUAUAUUUCUUCUAAUCAUUUCUUAAUAGGGCAUAUUAAAAGGCUUAAUUUAUUCGAAGUAUUUGCAUUAUCACAACAUUUUAGUACCAUGUUAUAUUUGUACUUACUGGAAGCUAAUCCAGUUUUCCCACGGCUAUGUGUCUGUUUCCAACUGUAAUUUCUUGCAUUAUAAAGUACAUCCAGAAAACAAAUAUACCUUUUGAAGUUUACACCAUUUUAUUAAGUGUUUGAGGUCAAAGACACUGUCAAUAACAGUACUGCUAUUUAUCUUUGGUAUGUUAUUAGUUCAGUCAGCAAAUUCUUAAUCCAUAAAGCAACAGAAGAGAAGCCACCGUCUCAAAUUGCAUUGAAACCAUUAUCCGCUAAGGAGAUCCAAUAC